GGACUAGAUGGGCUAAUGGCCUGGGGCAGCAGGGCUCUUCUUAUGAUAUGAUGGGCUGUUCCACACUCUCAUGAGAGCCAUUAUCCACAUUUUCCAACCGUCUCUAAACGUAUGCUCUUCUUGUCCUCUUAUUCUAAUUUGUAAAAUCUGCAGGCUGCACAUAUUCUGUCAAUUUAAGUUACCAUUCUUCUUAAAUUGGGCCUCGGUUGUUUUCCAUUUUUGGGCUAACUAAACACGGGCCUCAGUAGUGGCAUACGUAAAUAACCAUUUUUGACACCUGGGAAUUUCAGUUUGAAUUAUCCCCAACAGAAAGACUCUGGUUGUUGUUUUUUUGGGGGGAGUACAUUAAAACAUUUUUUUUCAAUUCAUUAUGGAUCAUUUCCCAAUACUCUUUUUUUUUACAACUUUUACAAGUCCGCCACAUAUGAAAGAACGUUCCUUCAAACUCUUUGCAUCUCCAGCCCUUUAAUACCACCUGUAAAUCAUUUUCAAAUAGUUCUCCUUCAAAGAACUAACAUGCUGUGAACUUCAAAUCACUUUUCCAGAGUUUUUCCCAAAGGUUAAUAUCUGUAUUGUGACAUAUCUAUUGCCCAGUGUGUCACUGAGGCUUUGACAAGCUCAUCUUUUGUUUCCCACCCUAGUAACAUAUUAUACAUUUUGGACAAAAGUUCUUUUUCGAAUUGUGAGCUUUGGUCCAGAAAACCAUUUUUUCCUAUCUAAUUUAAGCAUUUCGUGUUACUGAUGGUAUUGUAACCAAUCCAUAACAUGGCUCCUUACAUUUUCAAUUGAUUUCAGUUUGGGUCCCCGCUCCCCUGUAAAGUACAGCAAUUCCCUAUAGAUUGCCCAUUUUCUAUCCAAGGCAGGUUGCAGCAUUAAGACACUGUAGUAAAAACAGUUUGUUUAUUUAUUUAUUGUAUUUUUUUGCAAAAAUAGUUGUCAUUGUCUCCCAUGUUACAGAGGCUUGGCAGGCCUCAAGUGGGACAUAGCUCUGGGACCCCAGUUGUCUCUGACUCAUUAUUCCCAUCCAUUCUGGAGAACUACGAAACCAGCACCACGGAGGCAAAGAGGUCUGGCAGCCACGGCGAGGGUACUUUUGUGGGGUUUUAUUUUUUGGCAUGCCUCUUAGGUGGGUGGAAUUUCCUGAGGGCACUCCUUGGCGAGAAGGAAGGAGCACCAGGGAGAGGGGUGUGUGCUCAGUUCCACCCGUUGUUGGGUUGAGACUAGUCUUGGGUGGGAGACGGCGUCUUGGGGUAAAACCCAGACUGCUGUUGGGAACAGUACUUUUGUGUGACUGAUGGGUAGCAAUUUGCCUUGUCAUGUACACAGUUCUGUCGGCGAAUGUUUUGGCAGGACACCCUUGGGGCGUUCCUACAGUGCAUUUUUUCUUGUUGAGUGGUUGCUGGUGGCUGACUGGGAGAUAAUGGAGCAAAUGGUGCUGUGUUUGGGUGUACUGGUGGCAGAAUGGGAUGAGUGAAUUGCAUGAGUAGCAGGCGUGGUUUGAUUUGUGUAGACAUAAGGCCAAAUUUGGAUGUGAUGCCUAUGGCGAGUGGUGUCUUUCUGAGGUGGGAUAUGCCUUGGUGAGAGGGAGGCUGAGGAGAAAAAUCCUUGACUAUGAAGGUGUUUCAAAUGUGCAACUAUGUUCUUUUGGGGGGGAGAGCGUAUUGAUGUUUUAUUGCAUUGUUUUGUAUUGCAGUUUCUCAGUUUCACUGGAGAAAAAUAUAACAAGAAGCUCAUGGUAGGAUUCAUGGUUCUUCCCUUCCUCACUUAAUCCCCAGAACAACCCUGUGAAGUAGGUUAGGCUAAGAGGCAGUGACUGGCCCAAGGUCAUCCAGUAAGCAUCAUGGCCAAGAGAGGAUUCGAACCCUGGUCUACACUCUAACCACUACAAUAGAUAGAUGAUAGACAAUGCGAAAAACUUAGAGAUGACAUAAAAAAGCCAGAAGAAGGAAGGAGGGAAGUCAACUCUUAGGAGUAAAUGUAAAUGUAAAUGUAAAUGUGUAUAUGUAUAGUAUGUAAUCAUAAAAUCAAUAAAGAUUAUCUUCAAAAAAAUUAAAAUACAAUAGAUAGAUGAUUGAUAGAUCAAUACAUAGAUAUUUUGUAAACCACUUAAAGACUAUAUUUAGCAGGAAAUAAAUAUGUGAUUUUGUUUUGCUUUGUUCAAUUGCUUUUAUUAUAAUUUAAUUCUUUAUAAACUACCCUGCAAUGUGGUUGUAGAUCAGGAUAUGAUUUCCUAAAAUCUACCCUAAUUUUUGUGUACAUUCUGUUGCAGCUCACUACCCCAUUUAAGACUUUUCUGCCAAAGAGAAAGACCUGGCAAACAGACCUUCGCUUGGACCCAUUCUGAGUAGCAGCCGCUUCCUAAGGUAGGGACUAUGCUUUGUAAAAUGGUUACUGGCUGAGAGACAUUUAAUGAGAACUAGCCAUUUGAGGCUUCAUAGGAACCUGCCUUAUACUGUGUCAGACCACUGGUCCAUCUAGCCCAGUAUUGUCUACCCUGAGUGGUCAGCAACUCUCCAUGGUUUCAGCGAGGGAUUCCCUCCCAUCCCUACUGGGAUUAAACCAUGGACCUUUUGCAUGCAAAGCAACUGAGCUAUGGAAACUCUGGCUUGUGGGCUGAGCCAGAGUAUCAUCAUUUAUUUGUCCCUUGAACCAGUGAGCCAGAGAUGUCAACAAUUUCUCCUGUAUUGUGUUUGGAUUGUCUGCUCUGGAAAAAAGAAUGGAGUGGUAACUAUAAGGGCUAUUGCCUUCCGUGCUAACUUGCUCCAUCUUGUAAUGAAUUUUAAGAAAUGCUUCUUGGCUUGCUAUUUCACUCUCCCACUGGGAGAACAUCCUGUACUCAAAGUGGCCAAUCAGGUGCCUAUAGCAGGACUUGAGUGCAACAGCAACUGCAUUCAGAGUCAAGCUGCCUCCAACAGUUAGCCAUUGACUCUGGCCUAGGUGAAGGAAUAGGCUAAUGCGGUAUAAGUCAUCUUCUUAAGUCUGUCUUAUUUUUCAUUCAUCGGUUAGGGAGAGUUUAUUCACCCCUGCCCAUCUUGAAAAGUUGCCUUCCCUGUGAAUAUAAAUAUGUAAAUUUGUCUUCCUUUUGUGUUAUGUUUGUAUAUUAAUGUGGAAGUCCUCCGGGGAAACACCUACAGGAAGCAAGGGCUGACACACGCACGCCAACCUAAACUGGGAAGGCCCAAAUUGGCGCCAUUUCAAUGGCCAAGGAGAGGAAGUUUAUUUCUGAUAAAAUAAACGACCAGCCCUGAACCCUUAAAGCUGGGCUCCCCGGUCCGUUGGUUGAAGUCUAAACAUACUUUUCUGCGGAAUGGCUCCACAUGUGUCUGUCGCCUACUUGGGAGAAAGGCACAAGUCCAACAUCAACAACAGCCGUUCAUUAUUUGCCUAGGCGUUCGCCAGGCCUCCUCUGCUGCAUUGCCCCUUGUUGGUUUAUAUGUCCUUAAGAAAAUCCCAUUCAAAGGUCAAGAAUUCUCUCCCCCCCCAACAACUACUAUAAUGGGUAGAUUCAAUUCUGAUUAUUGGACCUAUUUUACACUGUACUUAAUCUGCAUUAUUUAUUUAUUUAUUUAUUUAUUUAUCACAUUGGUGGGAACAGAGGAAACUGCCAUAUACCUAGCCAGACCAAUGGUUCAUCUAGCUUAGUAAUGUCCACACUGACUGGCAGCAGCUCUCCGGGGCUUCAGGCAAGGGUCCCUCCCAGUCCAGGGAUUGAACCAAGGACCAUCUUCUUGCAAGGCAAAUGCUCUGCCACUGAGCUAUGAAAUCUCCACAUUGCAGGCUGGGCUAGGUUUUUAAAAUAAUGAUAAUGAUGAUGAUUAGCAUUAGCAUUUAUUUGUUGCCUUCUGUAUAAAAUGUCUCAGUGACUUAAAAUUGUAUUUUUAAAAAAACAACUUGCAGUCAUAAGACAUUUAGACAUGCUGAGUGAGGCCUGAAAGCUUUGUUAAGUUUAAGAGGCCCUGUUGAAUAGCCAAAUAACUUUGUAAAUGCUGGACCUCACCUGCCACCAGGGCUGCUUAAGAACAUAAGAAGGGUCCUGCUGAAUCAGGCCAAUGGCCCAUCUAGUCCAGCAUCCUGUUCUCACAAUGGUCAGUGAGAUGCCCAAGGGAAACCUGCAAGCGGGAUCUCAGCUCAAGAGCGCUCCCCACUUUGCUGCACUUUCUAACAACUGCUAUUAUCUUCCAUGAAUUUGUCCAGUCCUCUUUUAAAGCCAUCCAAGUUGGUAGGCAUCACUGCCUCCCGUGGGGGUGAGUUCCAUAGUUUAACUAUGUGCCGUGUGAAGGAGGACUUCCUAAUGCCCAACACUCAGCUUCAGUGGAUGUCAACAACAACAACAACAAUUUUAUUAUUUAUCCACUCUCUGCAUGCUGUGCCUAAUUUUAUAAACUUCUGUCAUUCCAGCUCUUAUUCUCUUUUCACUAAACUAAAGAGUCCCAAAGGUGACAAACCUUCCUCAUAGGAAAGGUUUCAAGCAUAUAUUGUUUGACAGCUUAUGGACACCUGACCUAAUGAAAAUUUGAUCUAAAUUAUGGUUAUUUCUGCACAGAUUCAUAAAUGCAAUCUGACAAAUAAUUGUGUAGUUAUUAAGUAUCAUCUUGUCACAGCAGAAUGAUAAUGUCUAUUUUAGGGUCUGUGUCCCCUGUUUCCCUUUGAAAAAACCCCCACACAAUUUAUGCAAAACUUGAAAAAAUGUGUUUAGAGGCACCUGAGGCCCUAAACUGUAGCUUAUGUGGUCCAUGCCCAAAUCCAGCACUGCCUGUGAACCUGAAGAACUUCUGCCAGACAGUGUUAACAGUACUGAGUUGGAUGGGACCAGUGGCCUGAUUUGUGUAAAGGCAACUUCCUAUGUUCCUAAGACCAUCUCUUACAACAGGUAUGAGGAUGUUGCCCACCAGAUGUUGUAGAACCACAACUCCAUCAGCCCCAGCCAGCAUAGCCAAGUGCAAUUGCAGAAUCUGGGAUGUGAUGGAGAAGACAUAGCCUUUCAACUCCUUGCAUUGCUUUUCACCCCUUCCUGUGAACAUAAAUGACACCAUUUAUGCCAGAGGUGUCAACCAAAAGCACCCAUCAUCUCUGACCCUGCCUUGGCUAUGCUGGCUGGGGCUCUUGGUUUGUUCCAGUUUGCUCACCAAGAGACACUGUUUGCCCCUCUUCUUUGUCCAGAAUGGGAGGGAGGGCAUCCAAUGAAAUGUAGGCAUGCUUCAAGGGAUGUGUUCAUUGUAGGACAGGCCGAGCCAGUGCAAACAGGAAUUGAAUGUUUUGACGAAUGAUUUGCUCUGCCAAAGCCAGUGGUUCUUUUAUGGAUUCAGAUAGUCAAUAAAGUUGCUCUUUAUCAGGUUUUAUUCAUAGAGUGAGGCAAAUGAAGAACAAAGCAAGUAAAUGCAGUUAUAUUAUUAUCUCCUUAUUGGUGGGGCUGCCAAUGAGAGCUGCCCACUUGGCACUGUCCCGUAACAGGGCCUUUUCAGUUGUGGUUAUAUUAAUUCCUGCAAGGACAGAUUGCAAGAGGAUAAUAAUGAAGCAAUGCUAGGUCCUGACCUUCUAGGCCUUAUGCUGGGGCAUUAAAAGGAGGGCGUUGCUGGACCUCACUCUCAUUCCUUGCUAUAACAAUUUCCUUCCCCAUAUGUGAGCAGAAAGAGCAAAGAGUCUUGCACUUUGUGGAUCUUUGAAAUGAUAUUUACUGACAUUUCACAGGUACUAGGUACUGGGUGGCAUGCCAGCACCCAUGGUUGUCACAUUGAUGGUGCCUGCUUUAAGGUGAUAAGAAUUACUAGAUAAGCUGGACACAUUUGGACACAAAAUUCUACCCCUAAGAGGUGUCUGGUUGGCCACUCAGGGAAGCAGGCCUUUAGUAUGACCGAAGAAGGAAAUUUCUGAAAUUGUAUUGUGUUAAGCAGGUUGCUGCCUUCCAUUGUGGCUCCUUGGCUUGACAAGAGUCUCCAUGAAAUAGUACAACCUCCCCUUUUCCGUGUGCAUGGCUUGGGUUGCUAAUUUAAUGGGAGAAAUGGAGGCACUCCAGAUGACAAAUAGCUACGUUCAUCAGUGCACCUCCCUGGAGUCGGCCUCCAAAACGCAUUACAUAGCAGCAAAUUAUUCUGUCAUAACUGCUUUGCAAAAGGAGAGGAAAACAAAAGCUCUCGCUUGAAUUGUUUCUUGUGUGUGCAUGUGUAAAGGGGGAAGGAGACAUUGAUGACAGUCCAACACCCAUCGCUGUAGCUUUGAUUUACCACGUAGCUGUGGUGAAGAAUCCUAUAAUUAGAGCAAUAAGAAAUGGCAGCUGGAAUGCAACAAACAGCUUCUUGAACACCCAGCCUCUUCUGCGCGGUUUUGUUCGGGUUGGUUGUUCAGCUGAAGGCAAUCUGGAAUUCUUCUCACUCCCGGCUGCCCCAGAGAGAUGGGGAACCUUUUUUAGGCCAAAAGCUGCAUCCCCAUCUGGGCAACCUUCCAGUGAUGGGCAAGGCCAGACACAAAAGUGAGUAGAGCCAUGAAUGUUAAUGUUGCCUUUGUAAAGCAGGCUACACUCACAUACCCUUUUCUAUUCUCCAUCCAGACAAGUGACAGGCAUGAUCAGAGAGUUCAGGCAGGCUAAAGCACUCAAGGAGGAUGUGGAGCAAGGCCAGUGAGCCUUGGUAUGGCUUGGCAACAGAAGGUGUGGCUGAAGAGAGUCCCCAGGGCCAGAUAGAGGGGCCUGGGCCUGAGGUUCCCCAUCCCUGAUCUUAGGAUACAGGGAGAGGUCUUUAAGGAUGGAUUGUGGAGGCCAUUGGUCAGUAUACACAAUGGAUUUUCAUUUGAUGAGUCUGGAGGUGCAAUGAGGCUGGUGUCAAAGAUUGGCAUUGCUGGAGACCCACGACCAACCUGGAACCCCACGAUGCUACUUCUCCUUCUUGCUGUCACCACACAUUCACCUGUCCCCCCCUGUUGUUGCCCACAGCAGUCAUUCCACAGGCCAUAGGAAAGGAAGGUGGGACUUCCAAGUCUCACCGCUGGCUCUCCUGAAAGAACAGCCGCUAUGUUAUGGCAGGAAAAGCUCCACGGGACACCUAUGGGUGAACAGGAAUGUAAAGGGAGGAAAUCAGGCAGCCUUGUUCAGUGUCAGACUUUUAUUUGUUUUAUUCCUCAACCCGAACAAAAUCUCCUUAAAUAAUAUAAUAACACAUAUAUAGGGCUAUAUACAUACUCAGAGGAAACUCACUGAAAUUAAUGCACACAAUUACAGUGGUACCUCACAAGACAAAUGCCUCGGAAGACGAAAAGCUCGCAAGACGAAAGAGUUUUUUGUUUUUUGAGUUGCUUCGCAAGACGGAUUUCCCUAUGGGCUUGCUUCGCAAGAUGAAAAACGAAAAAAAACGAAAACGUCUUGCAAGUUUGUUUCCUUUUUCUUAAAACCGUUAAUACCCAGGGUGACUUCAAGGAGCAACUCAUAGCAUGCGGUGUGGUAGCCUUUUUUGAGGUUUUUGAAGACUUUGGUGAUUUUGAAGACUUUGGGAAACCGUGCUUCGCAAGACGAAAAAAAUCGCAGAACGAAUUAAUUUCGUCUUGCGAGGCACCACUGUAACUUAAGUCCAUUAUAUUCAGUGCGUCUACUCCAAGUAGCACUUAGUUGGCUACAACCCACAGUACUGUGUGUUGACUUUGAAUAUAUAAAUAUUUCCAUAUUAUUAUUUAUCUCUAUCUCAUACACUUUACUUGGCCUUUAUUAAAGCUUUUGACAAUUAAGUGGGUAAAGUACAAGUAAGAAAACCAUUUGUCUGCUUGUAAAGCUGCGGUGAAGCUCCAGUACCUUGGCAUUUAAGAAGAUAGUGACUACAAAACAGGUGUGUUGCAGCACCACCCUUUACCUCAAAGUCAAAGCAUGACUUGGCGUUCCUGGUAUACAAAGCCCUGGAAAGGGUCAGUGGUGAUUGCUGAUGGUCACAUUCAGAUAUUAUGCUAAACCCUCCUUCCCCCACCCUUCAGUCUCCAGAUGCCGCUGGACUCCAGUUCCCAUCAGCCCCAGCCAGAACUAUCCAACGGUUGAGGGAUGAUGGGAGUUUUGGUCCAACAACAUGGUGACCAAAGGUUGGGGGCUGGGCUAAACUAUCGUUUUCAUGACAAGAAUGAGCUGCAUCAUGUUUCUACACUCCCCUCUUUUCCUCCCUCACGGUCAUGGGGAGCAGAUUAGAAGUUUUUGCUUCUGGUUUUUAUUUACCACAGUUUAAGAUGUUAACGUUAACUAUGUUAAUGUUAAACAUGCCAGCUUCAUAACCUAUAGUUUCAAACUUAUGGUUUCAAACAAACAAGAGUUAACUACUGGUCUGGAUAACAGAAGCAGAAACUUCCAAACUCCUCCUUGCUGCUGCUCUUUCUUGUGACACUAAACUAUGGUUUAAUGAGACAUUCAUACAUGGCCAAUGUCACAUUGCAUUGAAGCAAGGUCAAGCUUAGUUUCUUUGUGUUAACCAAAGGUCAUCAGAAAUUUUCAUAUCACAAAGUGACUGUUCCAUAUGAUUGUUAAAGAUUCAGUAAAAUGCCAGUUCUUGUACACUAGCUACUGUUGCAAGGCAAUAAUUCAGAUUAGUUAGGCGCUUUACAAAUCAGUCUCCAACAUGCCUGCCGUGCUUAGUCACAUAAUCAGUUGGAUUAAUCAGUUAGGAAUCUUUCAGUCAAUUCAAAGAAGUGGUCUCAAAUUAGUUUUUAGCCUUCUGAUAGGUGGCUAUUGCUCCUGCUUGAUGGAAGCCAGUGAGGUGGCAGGCUCUUCUGAUCAGCAGAAUCCCCCGUUGGUGGGUGAGGAUCAGCUGCACAUGAACCAAGCAUGUUUUAAGAUUGGGGGCUUUGCAAUUAAGAACCCCUUUAAAAACUGCCCAACCCUUCACUGGAUGAGAGUGAGAGCGAAGUAUGUUGCUGUUGGUAUUAGCAGCAAUAUUUUUCCUGGAGCGAGAAGUGCAUUUGAGUCUGACUUGUAGACAAUUCGUUCACCAACAGGCUGCGUGGGUCGAAAGUUAUCCACCAUUGGCCACUCUUUGUCUGUGUCAAAAUAGAGCUUCAUCCAGAAUUCUUGGAUCUGUGGAGUAACCAGAAAAAUGAGACAUUAUUAGAAAAAUGAAAAACAAAACAAUGGAACUAGCAUUACAAUCCUAACCCCACUUACCCAGGAGAAAGCACCACUGAAUUCAAUAGGAUUUCCUUCUGAAUAGAUAUGGUUAUGUUUGAAUUAAUAAUAGUAGUAGUAGUAGUAGUAGUAAUAAUAAUAAUAAUAAUAAUAAUAAUAAUAAUAAUAAUAGCUGUUUCAUGUUAUAAAGCCAAUGAAACGGUGUACCAGGGUAAAAGCAGAAUGAAACACAGGAACACAAAUUCUGAGAAAAGAAGAAUGAGUUCAAUAAACUAAAGCAAUAAAACCAUUCAAAUAAACUCUAAAACCAAUGAAAACACUCCAUCAACUUCAAAACUGAUCUUCUAUAAAUGUCUGGGUUACACCUCUGCGGAAAGCUUCUGAAACAGCAACAUAUUUAGUAGGUGCCUAAACAUCAUCAUGCCAUGUGCCUGUCUCAUUUUGGCUGGUAAAUUGGGAUAAAGGGGUGCCAUCCUAAUCCAGCCUGCAUUGAUCCCAGCAUUCAUAGCAAAAGCCUUCCUCAACUUCCUCAACUUUUCUUUCCCUUUUCCUGAAUAAAAAGAAGUACUCGCCCUGGGAUGAAACCCAGUGCCACCUUGCGGGACUAUUCAUUUCUAUAGCCAAAAUUCUGAAAGAGAGAGCCCAAGAGAGGGCAUUAGAAUUAAGUGGACAGCAUUAAACUACAUUGAAGUGCAUCCUGCACAGCUGUUGCCUACUAGCACAAUGGCUGUUAAAUUGCCCCAAAAUAAUUAAAGAAACAGUAAUUCUGAAGAAGUGGUUAAGUGAACUGAUUGAUGAGGCUUAAGCAUGUUAGGGUUGAAUAUGCCUUUUAUAAAGCCCCAUCUCUUGUGUUUUGUCUCACCUGCCGGAGACUAAGUUCAAUAGGUGUCUCAAACAAAGUCCAGGUGACUCCCUCAUUGCAUCCAGGUGUGGUCAGUGAGCCGGUGUACCGAUAAAAGCUGUCGAGGGCUGACUUUUUAGGAAUGAGGGCUUCCAGGCACAAAGCCCCCAUUUCAGUUUCGUUGCCUAGAGAGAUCAGAGAGGAGUUAUUGUUUCGUGCAAGGCACAUCUUUCUGAUGUCACUCUGGCAAUUGCCUUCAGUUCUGUAAGUUUAUUGAUGCUGAUGUCUUUCAAAAGCAGUUUAAGGAAGACUGUAAGAAAAGCCCUGUGAGAUAAGCCCUGUGGGUGGCAGACUACAUGCCUCUUAGGAAACCCACAAGGUAGACUCAAGGGCCCUAGCCCCCACUUUCUGCUCUUUCCCCCAGCAACUGGAAUUUAAAUGAUUACUGUAUCUUUUCCUUGUUAGGAGUGGUAUUUCUGAGGAUCUCUUGAGAUGCAUGAGCAGUAACGGAUGGGGGAGAAAUUUGAUUUAUUUCGCAUUUUAAGCUGAAGCGAUCACAUUUGCCCUAUUCUGAAGCAAUACAAGAACUGAAACACAGCCAUCCUUCGGAAUUCGCACUAAUCCAAAUUUUGUGACGCAGUUCUCUGACUCAACAAAAAUACAUAGAAAAGUACAUAAAAAUGAAUAUGCUAGUUAAGAUAGCAUACAAAAGUGCUCUGCAUUAAGAUAAAAUGCUUGCAGAAUAGUGUACGUUAGCCAAAACUGCAUACAAAAAUGUAUUUCUUAGCCGAACUUUGCAUGUAUCCUGUAUAUCUGCAUCUUGCUAUAGAAAAUGCGAAGAACUGUGUUUAAGAUUGGCAAAAUGAAACACUGAGAAUACAGUAACUGAAAUGGACAGAACCAUCCAUCCGUAAUCAGCCAUGCACAUGAGAAGGUGCUUAAGGCCAUGAUGAAGCUGGAGAGAGACUAGCUCAGUGGUAAAACACCUGCUUUGCAUGCAACAGGUCCCAGGUUCAAUCCCUGCUAUCUCCAGUUUGUUUUUUAAAAAGAUAAUCGAAGUGAACAUGAUAGGAAUGACCUUUGCCUGAGAUUCUGGAGGACCCAGUAAACUGCCAUUGGUCUAUCUAGUUCACUCAGUAUCGUCUGCAGACCAUGGAUCGAGGAACUUUUUUUCAUUUCCUUCUGGGAAACUUUCUGCCAGAGCAUGCAGUGCAAAAUGGGUAGGGCAAUUAAAGUACAAUUUUAUUAUGUGCACAAUAGGCUACUUUCUGCAUACCCUUUUACAGCCUUCUGCAUUCUCCAUCCAGACAAACAAAACAAAACCCCAACAUCAUUAGAGUUCAAAGAACACACUCCAGCCAGGCAAAAGCAUUUUUGGUUUGAAUCAAGGCCAGUGAGCGGCAAGUCUUCUAUAGAGUAAAUAGCACUGGGCUCAAUGCAUCAAUGAUCAGAACGUGUGGAGGGAAGUGUCCUUAUGUAUUUACAUCUCCCUGUGAUGCUAUUAUUAUUAUAUUUUAUUUUAUUUUAUUUCACUGUAAGGUCCCAGGGCAGCUUGCAACAAUGAAAACAAUGUUAAAAACAGUUUAUAACAACUUACAAUCAGAAAAAUAAGGUGAAUCCUAGAAAACAUAUCCCUCAGGAACUAAAAGGCAGACUAAAGUCAAGUAUAGAGUAAACAUGAAGUUUUCUGACCUUGUUUAUGGAUCAAAGAGUUGAGUGUUUCUGCUGCUGUUUUAAAGAGAAAGUUUCCAUUAAGUCUUACCGUUGAAAGGAAUGUCUUUUAACUUUGAAAUGAAAGGUUCGUAGAACUCAUUUUCGUUGCCAUCCUGAAAUAAGACAUUUUUUUAAAAAAGGUACAAUUUUAAUGCCCCCUUUUAACUCUGUACUAUUUUCUAGAGCAUGGAUUGCGGGAAGGGGGGACCGUUUUUCUGCCCAAUGACCACUUUCCCUUCUGGGCAAUCUCCCAAGAGCCACAUGUCAGCAUUUUCCCCAUGGAUAGUAGAAAUUUAUCUUGCAAACAUACCAGAAAGUGUGAAAUGGCCCCCAUGAUUCUUACAGCCCAAGCCAAUUCUAGUUGCUUUGCCAGUUUUAAAGUGAACCCAAAUCCCUUCCAUACCUUUAUAAAGAAGCCCAGCACUGCUACGCCGUUUUUGGAGAGCGCUUCCUGUAUAGUUUGAAAGUUUUCCUUGAUGUGGACGAUAUGAAGCUAUGGGGGGAGGCAGGUGGAGAGAGACUGAGACCUUUUUCUACAGUACUGUGCUUACAAAUGUUAAACUUUUAAAGAAGAAACAAGAAAACUAAGAAUGAACAUUGAUAAGGAUAAAACCUUACACAAAGGAAAAUAUAUCGGUACAUAUAUUUUGCACAUAAGCCAUAUACAAUAUAAGUGAGGUUACUUGUAUAUUAUCUGAAACAAACUUUCAGAUCUGGAAGCAAGUAGACCCAUUGAUAGGCAAUGCAGGUAGGGUGUCAGACUAGGACCUGGGAGACCAGAAUUCAAAUCCCCAUGCAGCCAUGAAGCCCAUUGGAUUGUCACCUUGGUACAGUCACUCUCUCUUAGCCUGACAUAUCUCACAGGGUUGUCGUGAGGAUAAAACAAGGAAGGGGCGAAGUGUUUACACUGCCUUGAGCUCCUUGGAGAAAAGGUGAGAUACUACUACUACUAAUAAUAAUAUUAAUAGGAAGAAGAAGAAGGUUGCAUGCAUCUUAAGAGUAGAUACACUGAAAUUCAUGGACCUGUGUUUGACAUGACUGUUAAUUUCAUCUGGUCUAAUCUGACAUUAGCCAUACUUAGAUAUCACUCUAAGAUUACAAAACUUUAAACAAGGAGAUCAAUGACUAAUAAAACUAUUCUGGUUUUGUUGGUUGGUUGGUUGGUUGGUUGGUCUGUCUGUUUCUCCCAUUCCAUUCUUAUAUAAGUUUGCAAGUUUGCCCAGUUCCCAUACCAGUGCAACAUUAAUUCAGUUUUCAAAUUCAGUAUUUAAGCUUCUCCAAUGCAUAGCAAGGAUGCUAAAAAUUUUUGUUGUAUGUGUGAAUGCUCCAUGCAAGCUGCCUCAAGUGCACACUUGGCACAUUUGUCCAGAACAAUCCCUACAUUGGAAGUGAGUGGGGAAGGCUUUCUUUGUGGGUGUCAGCAGAGCUGUGGAAUUGGGGCCCUGGGCCAAGAGUUUACUGGACAUGUUGCGAAUCCCUGCACCCUUUUUUGUUUUUACCUCCAUGGCAUAUCUCUCCCCGUCAAUGCUGUGCUCCGAUCCAGGGCUCACCCUGCUUUUCUCCCCCUCGCUGUCUCCCCAGUGGAAGUGGAACUGCACCGCCUUGUAUUUCCCCUGGAGGCCACCUGACUCGAUCUUUGCUGUCCCAUCAAGCUGCACUUGGACUGAGGGAAGCAAAAAAGAAGUGCCCUUUCAGGUCAUUCAUUAUUUCAAAAACAUGUUAUCAUUAUAAACCGGGGGUUGCGUGGGAACCUCCACCCCACAGACCUCCUUUGCCCCACUAGGCCAUUUUAGCCAAGCCAUGCCCAGAUGCCACACACCAGAGGUCUCUGUUUCUCAUAUUUUCUCUGUUUUCUAAUAUUUUCUUUUUUUUAAAGAAAUGUGUCUUUUAUUGGUUUCAUAUAAAACAAAUACACCGGUGACAAUGAACAAAUGACACUCACAUCCCACUCAGUCAUGACUUCUUUGUUUUCAAUGUGAAUAUACUAAUUAUAUAAAAUUUUUGUUAACCCAGAGUAUCUUUCCAGAGUGACCUGUGUGGAGCAAGUAGUUGGUAACUAUGUUACUUCGCUGAAGCAUACUUUACAAUGCUAUACCACAUCAAAGUUAUCAGUUUUAGUAAUAUUACUACAUGCCUUCCUUCGUGAAGUCUUUCCAUCAAAGCGACAAACCAUAGCUGUUAAGUACCAAGUUUCAAACGCAUUAGCAACGGGGUCUUUCCAAAAUAUUGCAGCAGUCAAUCUUGCAGCUCAUUUUUCUAAUAUUAAAUUCAGUUGUCCCAAUUUCUGCAGCAAUUUGGGGUUUUAAACAAAAUCCUCACAAAAAUUAAUCAACAUUUUAGUGCUUGCAGUUUUCACUGGCAUACAUAGUUUUUUUUUCUAACUUUCCCUAAUAUAAUGCAUGUUUGUAUGUUUUCUUCAUGAAGAUAUUCACUUUGCACAUUAAAUAAAUGUGUUUGUGUCAACAUUGGUUGAAGAACUGCAUCAUAAAAUUUGGAUGAGUCUCGUGCUCUACAGACUGGAUACGUGUGAAUUUGAAAGGACAGCUGUGUUUCAAUUAGCACAAUGUUUUUAGAAAGUGUGAAGUUCUUUUUAAUACAGAGACUCCUAAAAAGUGCCAGUGGCAACAACUCUUCUCUUUCAUAUAAGAGUAGUGAUGGGGGAUAAAUUCAGUUCAGUUUAUUGUAAUAUUCUUGUUCCAAUUAAUAAUUCUUGUUAUUUGCUGCUAUUACUACUACUACUACUACUACUACUACUACUACUACCAGCAGCAGUGGGUCUCAGGGCAGGUUACAUCAAUUUAAAAUCCAGAAUGAAAACAUUUAAAAGAAACCACAGUCACAGGAAUAGGGUGGGAUGAACUUACCAUAUCUGCACUUUCUGAAAGAGUGUUCGGAUGUAUUAGGAGGAAUAUGUGCAUAUCAGGAGAAACUCACAUUAAAAUGUUGGUGACAUUCCAGGGGGACUUUUUUAAAAAACAACAACAACCUCCAACUGAUGGGGAUAUGUGGAGAACCAAACUUAAGCUUGAAACGGAGAGAAGCCAAAAUUGGCAGGUACCCCCAUUCCUCCAUAGGAGGAAAUGACUCCUGAGAGAGGAUGGCUGCCAUGGCCACCUGCAUCUCCUAAAAGAGAAGUGGUCAACCUGUGGCCCUCCAGAUGUUCCCAUCUUCCCUGGUCAUUGGCCAUAUUGGCCAGGGCCAGCCCAAGACAUCUUUGCACCUGAGGUAACCUUCAAAAUGGUGCUCCCCUCCCCUCCAAUGAAGAAGGGGUGAGUGAAGAUCUACAUCGAGCACAAGGGCGAUGGGGAAGAAUGAUCUGCAUCCCAAUCUGUUGCCCCUGUGGAUCCUGCCACCUGAGGCAGUUGCCUCACCUGGCCGCAUAGGUAGGUCGGUCCUGAUCCUGUCUUUAACUGAUGGGAGGUGCAGUCCCACGGGAACACUUUAAGGACACCACACCGGUUACUCUUGCAAUACAAUAGGUUAUAUCUUAUAACAUUUUCACCUCUCACCUGUAUGGCCAUUAUUUACUACUGUCCAGGGUUUUUCUGGCUUGGCGUUGUAUUUUUCAAACUUGAAUGGCUUGAGGUCCCAGUCGUAUUUCACAUCGUUGGUGAGGAUGUUGAUAGGAGACUGUUGACUUUUUCCACACUCCUCGAAUUCCUGUACCCAGUGGCGGGGUUCUGUCGAAGGUGUCGUGGGCAGGAGGGGAAGAUUGUUUCAGUGAAAAAAAAAGUUGGAGAAAGUUGUGCCACUGAAUGAACCAGGCUCUCUGCAAAUCAGGCCAGGCUUUUUGAAAUAUUAGCCAGCCUUAGGAAUGCAGAUGCCAGCCUUGUGCUCUCCGGAAUAGUUGGACUACAUUUACCAUCAUCCUGACCAUCAGCCAUGCUGGCCAGGGCUGAUAGGAGUCUUAGUCCAAUGAUGUCUAGAAUAACCAGCUUGGGAAGGCUAGUACAUGUCAUCACUGUAUUGUCUAAGGUGGCUGGUUAAAAACCUGGCUGCUUCAAAAAGCCUAAGCACAAUUGUUUUGCUGACUUAUCUGUGGCCCCAUCUGCACUAGACAUUUAAAGCAGUACCAUACCACUUUAUAAACAGCCAUGGCUUCCAACAAAGAAUCCUGGGAACCAUAGUUUGUUGUUUGGAGACCCAUUUAUGUAGCAGAGGGGCUGGAUAGCCAUGCUACUACAGACUUUAUAAAUGAUGUACAUGGGAAAUUAAAGUAUAGAACAAAAGAGUUUUAUGUGAAUGUGCAUCUCUUACAAUGGUAUCAAAGUAGUGGCCACUCUGUGUUCCCCAGGACUGCUUCCCUCCAUGCAAGCACCCCUGUUACACUUUGGGUUCCUACUUCCAGCCACUUUCCUUGCAAUAUUGAUCUCUGUCUUCUUUUUGGUACACGGAUGAGCAAUCUUGGCCUGCUGCCAAGAAUGGGCUCACCACCCUGACCCCUACCCAGCACUAACUUAAGCACACUUACAAGACGAUUGAGAGGUUUGUGUUUUCUUUUAAAAUCUGCUAUGAAUUACCUAGACAGUGUUGGCUUUGACACCGCUGUGACAGAUAGCACCAGUGGCUUUCUCCUGUAAGAGAGAUCAUAACAGCCUUUAGACAAUUAACUCUUUGGGGUGGGGAGUCAAUUUUUUUUUAUUUUUAAAAAAAAUAUUUAUAACAGUCAUGACACAUAUGAGUAGAAACAAAGGAGAAGAAUUGUAAUUAAAAUGAGAACAGAAACUUUGCACCUUUGAAAAACAGAUAAUUUCUCAGUCAGUAUCUUCUGUAACAGUGCAAAAGUGGGGGCCACAAACAGAAACGGCUGCAGUUUCCUGAUAACUGACAGUAUCUUUCUAGAACCCGUAUUGCCAAGCCCCAAGUGGCUCUGUGAUAGUUUAGCAUCUGAAAUAUAGAAGUUGUUUUUAAACAAAUAUUUAAACUAAUAGAUGUUGUAUAGGGUGCUGGAGUUCACGGUUCCACUCAGUUAGUGAUGCUUUCCUCCUGAAUACUCUCCAUUUCAUCUCCCCAAGCUCGUUUUCUAUCCUUCCCCCUGACAACAAUCAGCCCACAUUCCACAGCCACUGAGCAUGCUCAGAACCUCAUUAGGCUGUUUUUCAGUGCCUUUCUCCCAAAGAUCUUGUGAACUUCUGCAAAACUUGUGGAGAUUUUUUUUUUUUGAAAGAUCAGAAGGUGGUUGUUUUUUUUACCUAUGCUUUAGGAAAUGGGCUGCCAUAUGCCUGGAUGUUCCAGGACAUAUUAGCUGGCUUUUCAAAAAUUCAAAAAUUCCUCCUGGACACCAUUUUCAAGGGACGAAUCCCGGCGAUGUCCAGACGUAUGGCGGCCCUAGGUUCCCUAAGCAAUGGUACCCAUAUCCUGAGUAUUGGAAAUAGGGAGCCAUUCUGUCUGCAUCUAACCUCUCCUGCAAGCUGGUGAGGAUGAAAAUAGCAAAGAGAACCAUAUAUGUUGCCUUGAGUUCCUCAGGGGAAAAGUGUGAUGCAAAUGUCAUAAAUGGACCUAAGUUAAGAACAUCAGAAGAGCCCUGUUGGAUCAGGCCAUUGGUCCAUCUCUUUCCCAGAAGCCUGUGGGAAAUCCACAACCAGGACCUGAGCACAAGAUAACUCUCCCCUGCUUCCUCCAUGAAUUUGUCCAAUCUUCUUUUGAGGCCAUCCAAGUUGGUGUCCAUCACUGCCUCCAGGGGGAGCGAGCUUCAUAGCCUCAAGUAGAAGUACUUUUUAAAAUCUUUGCUGAAUCCUCCAACAUUCAGCUUCAUUGGACAUCCCUAAAUUCUGGUGUUACGAAACUUUUCCCUGUCCACUUUCUCCCUGCUGUGCAUAAUUUUAUAAACUUCUAUCAUGUCACCUCUUGCUUGACUUUUCUCUAAUCUAAAAAGUUCUAAACGCUGCAAGUUUUCCUCAUGGGGGAGUUCUUCCACCCUCUUGAUCAUUUGGGUUGCCCUUUUCUGAACCUUUUCCAACUCCGCAAAAGUCAUUAUAAAUAUUCCAAAAAUCAGGUUUUUUUUAAACUGGAAUUGGUCUGUGCUGUGGUUCCCCCUUGAACCUUGAACCCUGGCUGUGCACCAUCCCAAUAUUGUCCCAAUGUGCCUCCUUUGCAAAGGAGAGGUCCUUUAAAGGUCGUCACCGAAGCAGCAAAAUAACAUUUCCCCAGUCAGCAGAAUUUUGAUCUCACUCAAUAAUUCAGUGAGAUGAGCUCUCCCAGGGCGUCUUGUUUCUUGCAAUGUCAGCAUUUGAGUUAGCCUGAAAUCGAAGGGGAUGGAAAAGAGAUUCUGUUUAAAACUGCGGGGUCUAAGUGGUUAAUGCAAGUGCCUGCAUUCUGGAGGGCAACAGGGUUCUUUCUUGUUUGUGUGUGUGUUUUCUGAGUGCAACCCUCUAUCUGUUCUCCCUUUGUCCCAGUGCUUAGCUUUUUCUACAUCUCUAAGCAUCUAGAGCAGUCUUUGCCAAACUAAUGCCCCCCAGCUGUCUAGAACUACAAUUCCAUGGCUUGGGUGGUUAUUUGAACCCUGCUCUCCCAGGUCCUAGUCUGACACUCUAAUAUAAACACUUUUGUACAUGAUUUUGCUUAAAACUCACAUUUUUUUGCAAAGCUGUUCUUCUAAUUCAUGCAUCGGCUACUUCAAGACUGGAUUACCGCAAUGCACUUUGUGUGGGGUUUCCCUAAUGCUUCGUCCAGAGGUUGCAGUUAGUGCAGAAUGCUGCAGCACGAUUGCUGACAGGAAUGAGGCCUUGUCAGCAUAUAACACCCAUGCUCAGAGCCCAGGACCUUGUUUGAGUAUCUGAGCUGAAAUGAACUCAGUCUUUCCACAGCAAAAAUCCAUGCCUUUGUUAUUCCCUCUCACUCCCCAAUCUUUUUACAGAGGUCUUUCUCCACCUUGUUAAUUAAGGGCCAACACAGAGCCUGAGUGCUGAGUGAUGCUAAUUUGAUCGGGAAAAACUAGAAGUAAAGAUAAAACCUUUGGCCAAAGCAAAUAAAAGUCCAUUUCUACAAAUAUUAUUAAGCGGAUUAGGGUUCGUGUGACUCUGAUCCUUCUAAUCAGUAUCUGAUAAGUUUUAUCCUCUUUCUCAAAUUUCAGAGCUAAUGUCUGGGGUUUUUUUAUUUGCUUGUUUUGUUUAAAUCAUGGUCUACUGUGGUUGUAGAGAGCAGGGGGGGGGGGGGAAUAUGGAGGCUUCCAAGGGCAAGUACUCCAAGCCAUUCAAAUCAUGUAGCUGAAAGACCAAAGGAAAAGGUUACAAAUCCCCAUUCUACAAAUCUGCCCCUUUUCCAGUCUUGUUCCUGGUGGGAGUCACUCUGUUUUUCCAAUUUUGCUCUGUCUGUUUUCCUCGGGACAAUGUGAGGAAACAGCAUUGCCUCCCCAGGUGUGUAUCUCUGCCAAACAGCUCAGCCUUGAACAAUGGGCUGUCAAGUGGAGCCUUGAGACCUCUGCAUGCCUUGGAAGGACAAGUUGGGGCCAGGGGAGAGGAACUUCCAAUGCAGAACCUCAGAUGCUUUUGGGGUGUGGCUUAACAGCCUCUAAAGAGGGAUUAGAGCAAUUCAUGAAGGUUGUCAGUGGGGAACAAGCCAUGAUGGCUAUGUGGAAACUCCAAGUUCAGGAGCAGCCUACCUGAGUACUUCUUGCUAGGGAGCUGCAAUAGAAAAAAGGUCUGUUACCUUCCUGGCCCUUCUUAUGGCCUUUUCAGAGCUCCUCUGCUUGGCCAAACUGGAAACUAGUUGCUUGCUGCUGCUUAUAGACAUCAUGCCUUUUAUUACUAGCUUAAAAUGCACAUUAUGUGCUUAAAACACAGCCAGGUCGUUCUUUUUCUCAAUUUGGAUCAAAUCCGGUUUUAGGGGGGGAAAUACCUCAAAUGUAGCAUUUCAUAGGAAAUGACAGUAUAGACAUGGAUUGUGGCAUGAUCAUGUGUACACGGCUUCCUAAACCAGUGAUGGGAGCACACUGGAUGCAGAGUAAACAAGAGCAUGCGCACAACUUGUGAUGUACAUCAGCACAUAUUGUGGCACUGAGUUCCAUAGCUUAAUUUUGGCACACCAUGCUUCUUUUCGUCAGCCCCAAAUCUCCUGCUGAUCACAUUACUGUGCUUUCACAUUCCUGUGUUUUAAAAUUCUGAUUUAUUAGCUACAUAGGAAUCUGCCUUAUAGUGUGCCAGAUCCCUAGUCCAUCUUGCUCCAUAUUUUCUAUACUCCACCUGGAGAUGCUAAGGAUCAAACCCUGCACCUUCUGCAUGCAAGGCAGAUGCUUUACCCAGAGCCGUCUUUCCCAUAGGGCUUAGUGGUGCGUUGCACCAGGGCGCCGGCCUCUCAGGGGCGCCCCAGCAAGUGGGGGAGCUGUGCGGCUUUGCCAGCGGCCUCCCCUUUCCCUGCAUGCCCGCCAGCUGCGCCCCUUCAACCAUAAGGCUGGCGGGCGUGCAGCUUCCCUCCCAAGCCUCUGCAGGGAUCGCUCUCCUCCUGAGGAGACUUGGGAGGGAAGCUGCUCUCUCCUCCGCGGAGGAGAGCUCUCUCCUCCGCGGAGCAAUCCUCUGCAGGGAUUGCUCUCCUGCGUUCUUGAAUGGUCGGUGAUGUGGUAGUGUUAUACUGUUUUAUUUAUGCAAAUUGUUAUACUGAAUUCAUAUUUUCUACAAUCUGUAUACGGUGUUUGAUUUAUAAUGUGUGGUUUGCUAUGCCUAAUAAAGGAUUGAUUGAUUGAUUGCUCUCCUGCAGUGGCAUGGGGGAGAGUUGCACCCCAGAUGGCUGGCAGUGCACAGCUACAGCUACUCCAACACUAUCCGUGGUAAUUUGGGGCCGCUGGGUGGAUAUUUGCACCCCGGCGCCGCAUCUGCUAAUGACGGCCCUGGCUCUACCACUGAGCUAUGGCCCUUCCCCAGCAGCAGCAGCAGAAUCUAAAGAGGAAGCCAAGACAAAGAGUGCCACUCCGGGUGUGGGAAAGCUGCAAUAAUUAUUUACCACUGAAACAUCAUAAAGAAAUAAAAUUGCCCUCUUGUUAGUUGUAUAGAGAUGUGUCCUGCACCAGAGAGCAAUUUGUAGACAGGAGGAGUUUCCGUCUCUCCUGAAUCACUAACGAGACCCUUCUUUUGUGUUCUGAGCUGCCCAGAGAAGAAUGUCAUUAAGUGGCCUAUAUAAAGACUCCAAGUUAAGUAAAAAUAGUAUUACAAGAAAGGGAGAAAAACUUCUCUCUAUCCAGUUUCCUCACCUCAUGCAUAAUUUUAUAACCCGUCCUGUUUUUGCUAUACUAAAAGGGCUUUGAACGUUGCCUGGCAUUGCUUGCCUUUUUCUGCACCUCCCUCCCCAACUGUAAAGUGUGUGUAUGUGUGCAUUUACAAAGCAAAGUGUUUUUAAUUUAUGUAGCAAAACUGUUUCAGCUUCUGCCUUCAUCAGCUGCUCUGAUACAAAUUAAACGAUGCUGUUUCCAAAGUGGCUGUUAAUGGUGUUUUGCUCAGAAGGGCUUCAUUUCCUGAAGCUAAGCAAUACUGCGGCCAUCGUUCAGGUUGAGACCAUGCAGCGUUAAUGUGUCCACCAUGUACUUCCCCUUCUUUUGCUAACAUUGUGGGAUUUGUUGGCUUCGCAGCUUGCAAGAAGCACAGUUUGAUGCCUGCCUGCCUGCCUGCCUGCCUGCCUGCCUGUUUUUAGAUGGAGGGACCAGAACUGUACAAUAUCCUGUGUGCGCCUGGCAGUGAUUGAUCUGUAGAUUUGCAUAUGCACAUAGAUUUGUAUCCUUUGUCCUUGUUAAGGAUGGGUGAAUCUGGCCAAUUCAUUUUUUCUUCAUUCCCCCCCACCAUGAAGUUCACUUCACCCCAUUUCCAAGUCAAUCUGCAGAUUGUUUAAAAACUCCAAACUAAAACGCAUGAAAAUUUGGAAGCCAUGUCUUCAAAUACGCAAUUCUGCAUGUUUUCAAGCAAUAUUUCCCCUAAUAAAAUGUAGGGUUGGUUUUUUUUUUUUACACCGUCAUUUCCACAACUAUAUGCAUUUUUGUGCAGUUUUUGGUUGGAGAACCGUUCCAGAAUUUGAAGAAGCACCUAUUUUGAAGGACAGAUAUGUUUUGUUUUGUUUUGCUUGUUGCUUUGGGAAGUGUGAAUUUGGGAGCCUUGCCUAGCCCCUUCCCAGCCCCUAUUUUGUUGAGAUACUUCAGGGGCCAACUAUCUACACUUUCCAGAAAAAAUUGAAGACAUUUUUGUUCUGACAAGCUUUCUCAGACAGACAAAUUUGGCCUCAGCCAUAGGUGCCUCCUUGGUGCUGUUUUCAAAUUUAUCUGAUGUUAUUUUCUGUGUUGUUUUUAACUGCUUUUAAUUGCCUUGAGAUGUGAGGAAGGCAAUGACUAAAUCAAUAAAUAGUGUUGCAUAUUAGUCCCUUCAGCUAAAGGUGUCCCCACAAACUAUUGUGUAACCCCAUAGAAACCUCUGGCUCUUUCCAUUCUCAUGGGGACUCUAGGGCCAGCUUUCUUUCUUUCUUUCUUUCUACUUGAGCAGAUGAUCCGACUUUAGUAACCUGUAUUUCCCAUUUCCUAGCUUUAACCCCCCCCCCCGUUUUGUUCCUGUAUAACAAUAACACGCAAAUAUGUGUGUUCUUUAAAUUGUAGCUAUGAGCAUGUGUUUAGGUUAUCAGCAGAGACUUGGCCAGGAGUUGGGGGAGAACUUGUACAACUCUGUCCAACAAGAUAAAAAUAAAAAUCUGUAUGUUGCUUCCCAACCUCAGCAAGUUGCUGUUAACAACAGCAUAAGAUCAUAGGUACAUCAGAAGCUGCUUUAUAAUAGAUCAGUAUUGUCACUACACUGACUGGCAGCAGCUUCCCAGGGUUUCAGAGGGAGAAUAAUCUCAGCCCUUCCUGGAGAUGCUUGGGACUGAACCUGGGACCACCUGUGUGCAAAGCAGACAUUCUAACCUUGAGCUACGGCUCUUCUGUGGCUUACUGUGGUUCACAGCCCUGUUUCAGUACCAAGCCACCACCCUAGAGAAGGAGUAUUUCUGAGCACAUGCAGAGUUCAGUUUUCUAGUCACUGAGUGAGCAACAGCCUUUCCCUCUGCGUGUCAAAGUUUCAGUUAUUGAGGAACAGAAACUGGAAAUACCACAAUAAAAUCAUAAGAGACAUAGGCAGAGGGCCUUCUUGGUAGUGGCACCUGCCCUGUGGAAUGCCCUCCCACCAGAUGCCAAUGAAAUGAUACAACUAUCUGACUUUUAGAAGACAUCUGAAGGCAGCCCUGUUUAGGGAAGUUUUUAAUGUUUGAUGUUUUAUUGUGUUUUUAAUACCCCGUUGGGAGCCGCCCAGAGUGGCUGGGGAGGCCCGGCCAGAUGGGCAGGAAAUAAGUAAUAUAUUAUUAUUAUUAUUAUUGAAUUUUCUUUGUGGGGGAGAGUAGACAGGUGAUCGGAGGGCGGGGGGCAGGGAGAGCAAGCUAGUUUCUCAGAAAGUAAAAAUGAGAAGCAUAGUGUCUGUAUAUUCCAGGUUCCACAAAAGCUAGAUAUAUAUUUACCCUCUGGGAAUCUGGAGAUUAGGAUUCAUUGGGGUGGGGGAAUUAUUCCCCACCCCCAGAUACAUUUAGACAGAGGGGUUAUUUGGGGGCAGAUUUUAUGUGCUGCAUACAGUCGCUUUGUUUCUCAAGAGAUCCCAGAGCUUUGGGCAAGGGGAAGGUCAAGACAAAAAAACAACUUUAUCAGAAUUGCGGAGCACCUUCCUUCCAAGGAAAGAUUAGCAUGUUUGCGGGGUUUCAGAGCUAAAAGGGCAUUUGGAGGUGGGGUUAUCCAUACCUCCCUAUAACCUUCCCUCAGCACUUUCCUCCCAGCUGAGGUCCCUAGGUAUGUGAGCCUGCUUAGGCAUUGCAGCUGCAGCUACAGAACCGACUCCUUGGAACGACUCCCUGUGGCUUCUCUCCGCCACUGUUUCCUUUUGGACAGUGUCCCCAUUACAAAUAGGGAGGAACAGAUGGGGACGUGUCUUGGCCCUUCUGCGGACAUCCCUUUCCGCUCUGACUCCCCUUCCGUGGUUCCUGUGCUUAUCAGCUCCAUUGUCCGGCUCAGGCCAAACUCGAUCCCUGCUGCGUGGCUGCUGUAGCAAAAAUCAUUCUGCUGGACAAAACAAAGUCCGCUCAUACUUGUCCAAGCAUAUUGAGGCUCUUCUCCCCAGCUGCUCUGUUGGCAAGCCGCCAGUUGUAAACUAUUUGGGGCAGGGGCGUGCCAUUCAAAGCACCAUGCCCAUUGCAAGGACAGAGGAAGCUGCCCUAUGCUGAGUCAGGCCAUUGGUCCAUCUAGCUCAGUAUUGUAUGCACUGACUAGCAGAGGCUCUCCUGGAUUUUAUGCAGGGUUCUCUCCCAGUCCUGCCUGCAGGGGAUUGAACCUGGGACCUUCUGCAUGCAAGACAGGUAUCCUACCACCGAGGGACAAAUGUCUGAGUGACUGCAGCCCUUCGCAUUGAUUAAGGUUCAAGGAAUAACAUGUUUCAGGGAAUAGCUCAGUUGGUAGAGAAUGUGACUCUUAAUCUUAGGGUUUGGGGUUCGAGCCCCAUGAUGGGCAAAAGAUUCCUGCAUUGCAGGGGGUUGGACUAGAUGACCCUCAGUGUCCCUUCCAACUCUACAAUUCUAUGAUUCUAUAAUUCUAUUAAUUCACAAGACAGGAAAGCCAUAACCACUAGAUACCGGCACCUCUCUCUCUGUUUGUAUGUGUGUCAAUCUCUAAUGUGUGCUUGGGGAUGGGGGACAAAGUUGAUUCAGUUCACCUUUAAAGGUGAAUGUACUGAAUUCACAUUUUCCUAAACAAUAUAAGAAUCAAAACACAGCCAUCCUACAAAAUUCACUCUUCUCUGAAUUUUGCAAUGCAGUUCUUCAGCCAAACGAUAUGUACAAAAAGGCAUAUAUUAGGGGGAAAUGUGCAUAAAAAUGCAUAUACAAUGCCAUACAAAAUGCAUUUUAUUAUGGGAUCUUCACUGAGGUAGCACAUGCUUUGAUUGGCUGUGCGGUUCUGAGAGAGUUUUUCCUUCAUAUGUUUGGUUAAAAGUUUUCCUGUUAUGUAGAAGGCCUGAGCUAAGAAAGACAAGGCAUCUCUGUAGCAUUCUGUUCAAAUUAUACACUGUUUUUGUUAAGCUAGCUCAAUAAAGUGUUAUCAGGACUAUUCUUUCUGGGUUCCCACCUGUGUUAUUUAAGUGGCUAACAUUCCAUCUAAUUCUGAUUGGCAGCAUCUCCCUGGGGUUUAAGGCAGGGGUCUUUCUCCCAUCCUACUCUAAAAUGUUCGGCCUUGCAGCUUCUGAAGUAUGGAAACACUGUUGGGUUGCAGUAGUGACACUCUGGAUCCUUUUGAGAGCUUCAAAUGGUGGAGUUCAUUUUAAGGGCAGUUAUGUUCCCAGGCAUAUUGGUCUCAUCAAACACAACCCCACAAAUAAUAACUUUUUUAAACUACAAAGCUUGUUGUGCUUCUAUCCUUUCAAUGUGGCACUUUAAAUUCCUCUUACCUACAAAUUGCUCAUUGGCAAAGGACACACCUAUAUCCAUUUAACAAGACGGAACUUAAUUUUGUUAAUGCUUCAGUGGUAAAGAAUUGUCGCAUCUUUCCCACGCCCAAAGUAGCGCUCUUGGGAACAAAAGAAGAGCCUGCUGGGUCAGGCCAACGGCCCAUCUAGUCCAGCAUCCUGUCCCCACAAGUUUGUAUGACAGGUGGCUGUCCCCAUCUUGAUCCUGGAGACUUGUCAGGCAAGGAUGUGGAGAAUGCAGGCUUAAUCUUCCAUCAACUCUAGCCAGCAAAGCCAACGCCUAUCUUUCCUCACCAUUGGUCAUGCUAGUUUGGAUGGACAGGAAUUGAUGUUUGAUGGGUGUGCAGGACCACCCACCUGUCAGCCACAUGAUGUCUCAAUGACAUCAUCAGGUGACCUGUUUCACCCUUCCCCACAAUUUGAAAUCACAUCAUUCAGGAAGAAUGUACAGCACUUUGCAGGCGGUGGCCAUCACCCAUCAGAGCAGCAAUAUCUGCAACCCCACUUUUGGCCUAACUGCACUUUUGCCUGCAGGGAGGUCGGUACUGUACAGGCACAUUGGCAGAGCCAAUCCAGUGCGAGGCACCAUCCUUCAUCACCCACCGCUCCUGGGAUCUUUAAAGCAGACUUGGAGCAGAGAACCAGCUGGCUGGCCAUGCUUGGAAAGCCCAGUGCAAAGCACUGACUAUCAUCUUAAUCUAGGGAUUUAGAGUUGUUAUCUGUGUUUAUAAGCACUCUCUCUUUUCCCCCUUUAGAUGUCUUUCUGCCUACCUGAACAGUGCUGCCGUAUGCACAGCAAAUAAAAUACUACACCGUUAGCAUGUGCAUGCUAUAGGCAGCGAGUGUGAGAGAGAGAUCACAUCCCUUCCAUUUGUGCAAAGCGUUACCUCUUGACAUUCUCUAAUCAAUAGGAUGCCUCUGGCACAGUAAGCUCCUGUUUGAAGGAGGAAGCCAAGCUAACUUUAAAUGAAACAAUAAACAAAUUCAGGCAAAAGGUGAGUUCCUCCCUGGGGGACAGUUUGCUCUUAGGUUGAAGAGGGCAUCUUCUCCCAAACUGUGGCAAAGGCAACUGGUCCUAUGGCAUUCUUUCCUGUGGGUGCUUAAACAAAGCCAGCAGGAGCCUCCCUUGCAUCACACAGAGAAGUCAUCACGGGAGAUGGCGCUUUUUGGCAAUUGACUUGAUGAUGUUAAAGUUGAUGAUUAAAGUUUCCGUGCCUAUGGAGGGAUUCCGUAAGGAAUGGUUACGAAAACCUCCAAUGUGCCUUCCUGCAUCAGAUAAAGAUCUAUCUAGUGCUUUCUUUCCAUUUUAGAUUGUAAGGUCUUCAGGGAAGGGGCCUGUCAUACUGCACUAUGUCAUGUAAAUUGAUGGAAAAUCUAUUUUUGUAGUUGCAUGCAUUUCUUUUCUUUAAAAAAAAUCCAUGGGAGAAAAAGGGAGAAGGCUGUACCUUAACUAUCACAAAAGCAGGCAGCGUGGAAUUCCCUGAAGCUCAUGAAAGCGUCACCUCCCGCCAGCAAUGGUUGUUCCCAGCAUCUGGUCCUUAGGGGUUGAUUGUCUCUAAUCAGGGAAGUUUGCUUUGGGUACCAUGGCGAGUAACUACUGAUAGAUGGUUCCUCUGCCAACUGGCUAGACACUUCAUUCGAAAGCUGUCCAAGCAAGAACACUGCAUCUUGUGGCUGGGAGUUCUACAAGCGAAUGGAGUGUUAUAUGGGAAGGAGUUUUUAUUUUUGUCAAUCUUGAACUGGCCGCAAAUUAAAUCCACUGGUUGACAUGUCACUCACUCCAACCUUACCCGGAGUUCUUUUAUCAUGAGAACAAAACAAAAAAUCCCCCAGUUUAUACCUCACUAAAUGGGAAAGGCAAUAGCUUGAAUCUGGAAAAAGGGGACCCUCUCUCCAAUGGCCCUGAAACUUCCCCUCGAUCCCACCUGGCUCUGCAUCCAUUCCUCUUGUGCACAUAGCACAGUGGUACAGAGCACACAGAACGGCCCAAGUUCAAUCCCCAGAAUCUCCAGGUAAAAGGGUCACAUAGCAGCCGAUGAGGAAAAUGCCUUCCUUAAGCCCUGGGGAGCCAGUACAAACGGUCUGAUUUAUUUAUUGGUGAUGAGGAGCAUAAAAUCAACAAAUAAUUCAUGGAAGAAAUAUGAAAUAUAUCACAGAGCCACUUAAUUCAUCCCCCUAUGAGGCAAUUUCAUAGUAGAUCCCUGCAUAUGCUUUUGAGUACCUUCCUUGAAGGGAGGGGGGGUCUAAUAAAUACAUUACCAAACAGGUGGGAGUAUAUCUGAAUGUUGCCAUAACUCUUAGACCUGCUGUUAUGGUGGUGAGCUCCUAACCUUUCACCUUUGUUCUUUGGAGGCUGUGAUCAUAUGUGUGUGUGUGUGUGUGUGUGUGUGUGUGUGUGUUUGUGUGUGCACAUGUAUGUGUGUGUGUAUUCUUGUAGUUACUUUCAUGCUUGACUGACAGUAAUAUAUGUUUGUUUGUUUGUUUGAUUAAUUAAUUAAUUCAUCAACAUAGCUACAUCAAUCUCAGGGGGGCAGCCUAGGUGAACAAAUUAAAGUUUUUUUGGAGAUGCCUAAAUGCCAACAAUGUUGGUACUUGCCUGGUGUUCAUUGGGAGCACAUUCCAAAGGGCAGGUGCCACCACACUAAAAGCCCUGAUCUUAGUGGACAUGAGGCAAAUCCUGGGAGCAGCCAACACAACUAAGAUUGUCCCUCCUAAGGAGUGAAGUGACUGGGCAGGAAUAUACAAGGCAAGGCAUUCUGGGAGGUGCCCUGGUCCCAAGUUGUUCAUGGCUUUAUAAUGCCAUAUAUAAGCAGCCAGUGAAACAUGCCAUAUUUCAGUGCAGGUGUUAUGCUGCACUGUCAAAUAGGGUGCCCCACUCAACAACCCUGCUGCUGCGUUAAGGCAGCUUCUUCUGUCCUCAUUUGACUUCUUAGCCCUUCAGGCUAUGCACAGCUGAUGUCAUGUGGCUUUAGGCAAGGGAAAUGUGGGUAUGGUUCAUCCAAAACUGCCUAGUGGGCUUAAUUGCAUCCAUGGACCAGUGGUAUCUUGCCACAGCUUUAAAAUAUUGACUAGCUUCUCUAUAUUGUAUGGUUUUUCUCUAAAUGAAGGUAGCCUAAAUAAAUAAAUAAAUAAAUAAAUAAAUAAAUAAAUAAAUAAAGGUUGGCAUGGACAUUUGUGGGCAUGCAGCAGGACCAACAACCUUCCUUCUCUGUUGGUCUCCUGUUGACUCAUCCAUUUUCUCCUGCCUUGUCAGAUCAACCCUAACUCUUUUCCUGUCCUUGCUUUGGUCUUAAUGAAGACUCCCCCAUUUCUUCUCCCUUGGUCUGACUGUGGUAAAGGGGACCGAAAUGGGCAAGCAAAAUGUUCAGCAUGGGAGUGGUUGCAACACCUUCCUUAAGGCUAAGAACAGAUGGUGGGAGCUUCUGGAAAUGAUUGAUGGAAUCAUAUUCAGAGCCUUCCGGGAUUAGCCAAGGAAACUGAUAAGCAAACACUGGAUUGAAGACAGGGAAAAUAAAGUAGGGGUGGGGAGGGAGUUUGGAUCCAGCCACUGGGCCAGAUCCUUAUCUCUCUAUUCCUCUGUCAGUCAAGUACUACAUCAGAUUCUUCAAAAUGUAGACAGCCUGCCCAUAGCUCAGUGGUAGAGCAUCUGCUUUGCAAGUAGAAGGUCUCAGGUUCAAUCCCCAGCAUCUCUAGGUAGGACUGGGAGAGAGUGCCUGCCUGAAACUCUGGAGAGCUGCUGCCAGUCAGUGAAGACAAUAUUGAACUAGAUGGGCCAGUGAUCUGAAUCAGUAUAAGGCAGCUUCCGACACUGCUGUUUGUUUUGCAGAGAAGGGUCCUUGACUUCUGCCCUAAAGACCUACCCGGACGGCACCGGAAUUGCAUUUUGGGCUCCUCCUGCUGUGUGGGGCACUUGACUUCUGCCCCAAGAGUCCCAUUCUGAUGGUGCAAUGUGGGUAUGUAUAUCUCCUUUAGGGGCAAGAUGAAUCCAUUGCCCACUCUUGAGAUUUAACAUCGCCUGGGGGGAAGGAGCUGAGCCUUGAAGAAUGACAGCUCUAGCAAAAUCCGAGGAAGCACAUUUGAAGAAGGCAUUCCUGACAGGCCCAAAGAAAUGGGGACAGCAGUUUACCAGGGGGCAGGAAUGGGAAAGGAGGGCCUGUCCCUGAUAAACAGGGACAGUUGGAAAACGUAUGUGUCAGAGUAAGUGAAUGCAAAGCAAUCAGCCCUUGAGUCCCAACUCAGCACUUCUUUCUUUGAAAAACUCCUGCUUGUUAACAUGAAGAGAACAAAAUAAGGUCAGGCCUGUGCUUGGUACGGGAUGGUGAGAGGGCAGAGGAAACCUUGCUCACUCAUUAACUAUACUUAAAAGAAACAAAACAAAAACUCAAUAGGGGAGAAUACUGGGCGGACUUUAAACUGACAGUGCCUUGUGGAUGUGACAGGGCUAUGGAUUAUUAUCUUCUCUCUCUCUUUCUCUUUUAACAUGCUUUGUUAGUUCAAGAGGCUCAUCUUCCUGAUUCAGUGCUUUUUGUUGUGGACAGAUGUGGACAGAGUUGAAUCCUGCUGGCUGCAAUCUCGUUUCAUCACUGGGUGGUGGAGCUUGGGGCAUGCAUUUCUGAGCAUGGACAGAGUGUCCAGGCGGAAGAUGAGGAGAGAGUUUAUCAGCACCUCAGUUCCACUUACUUGAAUAGGAUAUGAUUGCCCUACUGGGAUAAAAUUCCCACUCCGUCACCGUAUUUUUGGAGUGAACUGGAGCCAGUGUGGAUCAAUUGAAGUCAGACCUGUUUAUGAAUACACUGAAUAAUAAUAAUAAUAAUAAUAAUAAUAAUAAUAAUAUCCCAAAGAAGUGGCAUAGUUUUUGUCCCCUCCAUUUUAUCCUUAUAACAACCCUGCAAGAAAGGUCAAGCAGAGUGAUCAAGAUUAAACUGCAAACAAACAAACACAAACAAACAAAAUCCUGUAUAUUUUGAGGAAAUAUGUUAAGAUUAUUUUAUGUGGUGCAAGAGAGAGGAGGCGGAGAGAGAGAGUGUGUGUAAUAUUUAUUUAUUUAUUGGAUUGAUUGAUUGAUUGAUUGAUUGCUUUUCUAAGCUGCCCUUCCUCCUCAUGGGGAGGCGUUUAGAACUCAGGGUCCUCCAGUGCAUCUUGACUGGCAAGAGAUUCAGGACAGACAAAAGGGAAGUCCUUCUGAUGUCCUUAUGGAUAUGUGCUCCUCCCAGAUCAGUGAUAUGAUUUGCAGCAGGGCUGGGUAACCCUGUGUCCCUCCUGAUGUGUGGCCAAUGGCUAGGGAUGAUGGGAGAUGUAGUCUGAUAACAUCCAUAAUGGCUUCCCUUCCCCCUGACAUGCACAAUCCUCAUGACAACCCUGUGAGGUAGGUUCGUCUGAGAAUCAGCGAGUCAGUAAGAAGUGACCCUGAUUGGGAGAGACACUGCCCAGUGAACUUCAUGGGUGAGGGUCUCUUUAGACCUAAUCUGAGCCUAUAAUCUGUGCCCCCUCCCGCAGAUAUUGUUGGACUCUGGCUCCCUUUAGCCUUGACCAUUGGGGUGGCGCUGUGGUCUAAACCACUGAGCCUCUUGGGCUUGCCAGUCGGAAGGUUGGCAGUUCGAAUCCCCACAAUGGAGUGAGCUGCUAUUGCUCUGUCCCAGCACCUGCCAACCUAGCAGUUCGAAAGCAUGCCAGUGCAUGUAGAUAAGUAGGUACAGCUGUGCGAGGAAGGUAAACAGCAUUUCUGUGCGCUCUGGUUUCUGUCAUGGUCUCUGUGCCAGAAGUGGUUUAGUCAUGCUGGCCACAUGACCCGGAAAGCUGUCUGUGGACAAACGGCAGCUCCCUCAGCUUGAAAGCGAGAUGAGCACCACAACCCCAUAGUCGCCUUUGACUGGACUUAACUGUCCUGCUCACUGGGCCUGAUGGGAGCUGGAGUCUGACAGCCUCUGGGAUGUUGACCUUUUGUGCUGCCUGCAAUUAAAAUUAGACUUCCUGCCUUUACAUCACACCUUCCGUUUGCCUCAUGAUUUGGAAUUGUCCCCCUUUUGAGCUCCUGCAAGCCUUUGGCUUUCCUCAGACAGGCUGAUACUGUGCAUGGCACAUGUCCGUCUUACCAAAUAUCUCAGAUACUUUUUACCUGGAGGUGCGGAAAAUAUAACCUGGUCAUAUCUGCACCACCAUACAUUUAAAGCAUAUGAAUUUCCCCCAAAGAAUGCUGGUAACUGUAGUUUACCCCCCACAUACCUGCAAUUCCCAGCACCCUUCACAAACUACGAUUCCCAGGAUUCCUUGGGGGAAGCCAUGUGCUUUAAAUUUUUGCAGGUAUCCAACCCAUGCCAAACCGCAAUCUCCCUACUGUAAGUUGUGUGUUCUAGAGGUGAGCACAGAAUCUCUGUUCUCUCAGCUCACCCCAGGCUGUCAGUGGCUUUCUACAACCUUUUUUAAAUGUUUGCUAGUUAAUGUUUGCUUAUAUCUCUGAUGGUUGAAUGACAAGGUUCAUCCAUCAAGGGUUUAUUUUUUUAUUAUUUUUUUACGGCCUUUGCCAAAGAUGGAAGCAUUAAAAAACAAAGGGGGAAAUGUCACUGUUCUCUUCUUUCCUGCACCCCCCCCCCAUUCCCUUGCUUUGAUGUGGAGGCUUCAUAGAGUUUUAGAGACGUUUGUGGUGCACUCAGCACAAGCUAUUUCCUGAUGUGAAAGUGGGAAUCUUUAGCUUUUGCUAUAAAUGUUGCUCGUUCUUAAGAUCAAUUGAAAAGCAACACUUGCAUGGAUAGAGGAAAAAAGAUGAAUAUGUAUGAUGUAGACACUGCAGGAUGCUGGAAUAGAUGGGCCAAUGGCCUGAUCCAGGAGGAUCAUCUUAAGUUCUUAUCUGGAUGUUUGGGGCAAAAUAGAUAUUUCUGAAGUUUGGGGAUAUUUUUGAGGACUGGCAGGUUGCUGCUUCUGAAUGCAUCUACCUCUGUACCAGGGAGGCUAAUGUAACUGCCGUGCUAGAUUUAUAUCUGUGCUUUUCAUGCUGCCUUACUUGAUAGUUAUCCUGAUAUGCUUUUACUUUUUGAGAUGUGAUUGAUUUUCCUUUUUUAAGUGAGUGAUUAUUAUUCUUAACAUCAUCAUACUUGAGAUUUUGAGUACUGCUUUGGGGGGAUAUGUUUAUUUUAAAAAGCAGCGUGUGCAUGAUUAAAAUCAAUAAAUAAAUUUAGCACUGUUGCUUUCCCACAGACAAGAACAUUUUGCAUGGGAAAUUUGCAUCUGUUGAUGCAAGGCAACGGUGAAAUUUGAACCCAUGCCCCUCUGAUUCUGUGCCCCCCCCAAGCUAUUUUCUGGAUCACACCAGCAUUCCAUGUCUUCCUGCAGCUUUUGUUUAAUAUUUCUUGGGAGACUUUUUUUUGUAUCUCUGCCAAGCUAAUAUUGACAACAAGAUAGGAUAUUUACGCAGGAGCUAUUUUUCCGUAGCCAAAAAACCCAUUCCCAAAAAUGUUUGCAUUUUUCUGAACAAUACUGUUAUUUCAAGAUAAGAAAUUAAAACAAACAACACCCCCCCGAAGCAUACACACAAGUAAACGUGCAUAAGAUUGUGGUAUGAAGCUCGGUUUUUCAGAUUUCUACAGAUUUACCUGGGAGUAAGUACCGUUGAAUUCAGUGGGGCUUACUUCUGAGUAGACAUGCACAGGAUCACACUGUGACAUAGUUCAGACAUGGCCAUUUUGUCAAGUCUUCUGUGCAAUAAGACAAAUUUUAACUUACGUUCUGAAAAGUUUGCCAGCUGUUUCACUGGUAAGUGAAAUUUAGAGUCCGGGGGCGUUUUGAGGUUGCAUGAGACGGGGUAGGAAAGUCCUCACUUUGGGCGGCAUUCAAUCCAUUGAUUUCAAUUAAUCUACUCUGAGUAGUGUUGGAUAUCACCCUUUAGCAUUAAAACUCCCUGAGCAUUUUCUACAUAAUAUUGUUAUGCUGUAAGCUCUGUCACUGCCUCAAAUUACAGUUACAGCCUCAGUUUUGUUUUUGAAGAUUUGGCAUCAAUCAUUACGUUUCUGCAAAAUAAUAGAAUACAAAAGUAAGUGCUUUCUUUCUUUUUUUCAAAAUUCAGUCAUACACAAAUUUGUAGACCCUCUGAAAUGAAUAGAGCUGAGUUAGUUGCUCAUUAAUUUCAGAGGAUCUUCUAUGAAUAUGACUAAUGCCAAGAAACAACCCAGUAAAACUUUAUAAGGGGAAACAGGAGAGAAAGGGGAGAUGGGAGUGAAAACGAGUCAGAAAUUGCCUCUGGAGGCAAACCACCAAAUCAAGGUAUCCUAUACACAUAUAGCCCAAUUCUGCCUAAAAACACAUGAAAUAUUGUAUUUUCCUCUCCCACUGUUAUAAAAAAAUUGCUCCAUAUUGCAAUUAUCUUAUUAUCUUCUUGUCUUCUUUCUCGGGUUAUCUGAAUAUUUGUUCAUUUUAUUCUAGCUACUUUAUCCCACUUUUAAUUUCCCCUUGAUAUUAAGGGGUUGUUGUUUUUUAACCCUAGUUAUAGCUGAUGAUUCAUUAAGGAAAUGAAUAGGAUACAAUUUGAUUGUGAAAAAGUUAGCACCCACAAGGGAGGCCUGCAGACGUGAUAAAAUGCACACCCGCAUUCUUGAACAUCAAGCAGCUCUGUGAGAGAAUAUAAAAGCUGACUAGAUUCUUAGGAACACAGGAAGUUAGCUGACUCUACACCAACUCAGGGCUUUUCUGAGAAACCUGGUUUACUGAGCAUUUAUCCUGAUUUCCUUGCACAAAGCUCACAUGUUAGAACACAUCUAGUCACUAUCAACCAUUCAUUCGAAUUCAUUUACAACAGCAUGCAUUUAUCCUGAAUUCAUCCUGAUUUGCUUUUCAAACCAUAUAAUAAGAAAGAUUCACUUUUCAAACCAUAUAAUAAGAAAGUCACUAAUAAGAGUGUGGGGAAAAUAUAAAGACUUGUUAGAAUGGAAAACACCAUGGUGGCUGUCACCUACUGAAGCAUUUUCACUUAAGUUGACCAAAAAGUAAGUUGGUUGACAUACAGAGUGUUAUUAACAGAGGAUGAAGGUAAACUCAAAGGAGUAAGAUGAGUUGAAAGAUUAUUUACAAAGUUGGUUACACCAUAGGCAACUAAACAAGAUUUUUAAGCAAGAUAAUAAAAAGGGGGUUGGUUAUAUAGUUUCCAGAUUUAAAAAAGAAAUAGUGGAAGAGAAUUUUAAGUUGCUUAAAAAAGCAUAUAGUAUUUUAUUAGAAUAGGAAACUAAAGAUGAAGAAGUUAAAUCAGUUAUGAUUAAAUGGGGCCAGGAUGUGGGACACAACAUGCAAUUUGAAAGUUGGUGGAAACUGUGGAAAGUUGAUCUAAAAUUUACAGAUUGCAUAUUAUUAAGAGAAAAUUACAUGAAGAUGAUGUAUAGAUGGUAUAUUACACCAGUGAAAAUGGCUAAGAUGUUUAGGAAAGAAAAUAAUAGAUUCUCCUAAAAUUUAUGAUUAUUUGUUUGAAUCCCUUCCACAAAACAGUGACAGUCUGGAGAGGCACCAUCAGACUUAGUCUGUCUUGCCCAGAAUCAUCUGCUCUGGCUUGGCAGCAUCCCUCUCAGGGGUCCUGGACGGGGGAAUCAGUCCCAUCACCUGCUUCCUUUUUAAUAGGAUAUGUCAGGGAUUGAACCUGGGAACAUCUGCAUGUAAAGCAGGUCAUCUGCAGCUGAAAAGGCUCACCAAUGCAGACUUUUAAUCUUUUAUAAACUGAAGACAUCAGUUUGCCAUUUGUGGGGUUGGGGUAAAAGGAAUCAAAAGCAUAAAUAAAGCCUUUCUCUUCUUGAUCUGAUAGAACACAUAGUUUCACGGCACAAAUUCAAUGACAGGAAACAUAAAUCAACUACACGUAUGGACAUGUAUCAGACGGGCGAGUGAAAUGAAGUCGAGCCACACUCUUCCGAUUGCAUCUUUGCAAAAUAAUAUCCCUGGAGCCCCGUUGUUGAAGAACAAAUCAACCCUAUUAGAAACUGUUUCACAUCCUUAGGAGAAUUAAGAGCAUGUAGAGAUGAUAGACAGACAGAUAAACAUAUAGCAUAGUAGAUUAAAAAUAAAAUAUAGCCAGCAGCCAAUGAUACUGUCAGAUUGCUGGGGUCUUCAAAAAAUCAGAUUAGUAAGCUGAAAAAGAAGCUGUACUUAGCAUCCUUGAGGAAAAUGGAUAAAGGACUCACCCUCUGAAGCGGCUGCAGCAAAAUACAGUGAGAGCAGAACUAGGAAAUUCAGGAAUCCCAUGAUCUCUCUUCCAGAUGGGCUGGAAAGAUGCACCAGCAUAGAUCCCUGUAUACAUGAUCCCAGACCUGUCCUGGGGUUUUUAUACAGGAGGAGGGCAGGCAGCCCUGAUCACCUUUCCUGGACAUAAACAGGAGGAUGGUGAGAGACACCUCCCCUUUUUAAUUCCUCCAGCUAUAAACUGUAAUAACGAUCCCGUCUCCUUUGAAACUUCUUCAUUUCCUCCACACCCCUUCAGCAGCUGCUGUCAAAGGAGCAAGAUUCUCCUCUGGCCCUGAAGUGCUGCCUGUGAAAUGAACUUAGCCAGAUGACUAGUAACUUAUUAGUUAAGUCAAACUUUUCUUUUACCCCUCACCCCACAUUUCUAUUUCUCAUUAUUGCGCCUUGGCUCAGGAAUAUUGGCAGAUAAGGCAGAUAAUUCAGUGUUUCUUUUAUGGCUGUGAUAUUGCUUCUCUUCCUCCCUCACCCCCUCCCCACCCCAUCCAGUGAAACACUGUGGAUCAUAAUCAACUGAACUAGCAUGAGAAAUAUGAUAUUGAUGCAGGAAUAAUAACAAAUACAUCCUCUCUGGUGCUGAUGGAUUCUUGUGCAUAUAAUGCUCAGCAAGUCAGCUGUGUUGGUUUGAGAGAAUUCAAAUAUCUAAGUGAGUUUGGCAUCAGGUUGUUUGGGCUAUCCACUUUCUGCAGCAGCACAGUACACUGGUUAGAGCCAGGGUGUCAAGUGCCACAUUCAAAUGGGAGUAAUUUGUCAGGGGCCAGAGCUAAAGAUGGCAGGAAUGACUCGUUCUUUCAUUUUUUUCUUUCUACCAUUCCCCCCCCCCCCCGAGCAUGGAUAUUGUUAUUUUAAACAAAAACAACAAUAAUAAAGAGUUUACCAGGCUUUAUCAUGCCUGUGUACCAGGACAGGCCUUCUAGUGCACCACUGUAAAUAAGUUAGUUCAAUCAAUAUCAGUUCUCUGAGUCCAGGGCACUCAUUCACAGAAAAACUUCCCCAUUGCGUCUCUGCAUGAGUUGCUGUUCUAGUUUUGCAGCCUUCUUCUCAUCCUCUGCCAACUCUUAGUCAUUCUGCUGCAUCUUUACUUUCGCUAUACUUGGUCCAUUUGAUCCUUCCCAACACAUGGAGACACAGCAGAACCUCUUCAUAGGAGGCUGCCUGUUGUGUCUCUCCAUGGUGUGCUGCCUUAGGCUCUUCUCAGUUUGUUUCUGCCGAGAGCAGCCUGGCAGUUCUCCUAUAUCUUUGCAGUUGGUAUGAUUGGACAAUCCAGCCACAUCUAAGUCACGGAGGCAGCAGAAUUAUCCUCCUCACCCACUCAGAGGAGUCUGCCCAUUGUGUCUCUGUGUGAGCUACUUGCUCUGCUCAGGAACUGCCAAAUCUCUGUGCAGUGCCCCUAUGUGGUGAACCUUUGAGCUGCAGGUGCAGGCCUUCUCAGUGAAAGUCCUUCAGGCCCUGGACUGACUCCAGCUCACCCCGGCUAGCUAUUGAGUCCCUCUUGGACAGGAAGGAACAUAAAAGGGGCUUCCUGUCCUAGCUCAGCCUUGCUGAAGCAAGGUCUUUCUUAGCCCUGGUGUGUCCCUUCGUCUUUUGUCAUUCUUUGGGUCACAGGCUUGCUCCUUGAUCAUACCACCUGCUUUGCCCUGUGGUUCUCUGAUCCAACACUUCAUUCUGACUCCUCACUGACUUCUGCCAUGGCCCUCGACUCACCCUGGACUGCUGCCCAUGCCCCAAUCAGGAGGUGUGCUCAGAAAAGCAAUUUGUCUAGAAAUGUGUGGCAGUGGUAGCUUGUGCCCAUUAGGACCAGUGGAAGAGAGAGCAGGGAGCUCACAGUUAGGUGGAGCCAGAGCCCAUGACAGCCAGUCAACUCUUUCUAGUUUUGUCUCCAUCUUCCUCCCUGCUGAGUUCUGCAAGGGCAACACAGAGACUGAACAGGAGGAAGUUGACAGAAAGGCCCCCCCCCCCACUGGACUGGUUGUUAAGAAAGAAGACAGACAGGUGGGGGUUGCUUGAGGGGGUAGACUGAGAUAGGGUGGAGGCAGUGUCCCAUUUGCCCUAAUGGACCAGAUAAUAAUAUUUGUCAGUCACUUUUCUCACAGCGAGACCCAAAGUGACUUACAUUAAAAACGAUUAAGAACCAAAAACUAAAAACUAAAAAUACCCUUACAGAGAUAAAAGGCAGGAGUCCCUCUCCACUAAAAGAGACCACCUUUCAAAUCAAGGGCUGAAAGCCUGGAGAAGGAGAAAAAUCUUUGGCUGCAGGCUGAAACUGGAUAAAGAUAGCACCAGACAUGCCUCCCUGGGAAGAGAAUUUAAAAAUGCAAACCAGCAACCUACAUAUUAAUGGCCAGUAUUUUGCAGGAGCGAUUCGAACACAUGUCAGAAAUUUAGCUUUGUGCAAUUAAAGUGGGUUAAAGGGCUCUGUGAGCUGUGGCGCAACAAAUCCACUUCAGUAAAUAAAUAAAAUCAGACUGUUUGCAGAUUCCUGCAUUGCAGGGGGUUGGACAAGAUGACCCUUGUGGUCCCUUCCAACUCUAUGAUUCUCUGAUUCUGUUAGGAAAGUGACAGCGAAAUGUACCGAAAAGUGUGGGAUGGAUGAAUGGUUAAUGGGAAAAUGUAUAAACUCCACACCAGCAAAAUGGGAUCAGGUGCUCAUUGUCAGAUAACCCUCCCGCAAACAAAUCAGAACACAUGCUCCAAUCCAGACUGGAUGUCGCCUGACUGCAUCAGCUUAAUGCAAGCAGAUCAGGAUGAAUGCUCAAUAAGCAGCCCAUCUGGAGGACCCCCAACACAUCUAUUUGGUUCAGAUUCUGGGUUGCAACACACUCUUCCUUUAUCAGACAUCUGAGAAGCAAUGCAUGUGAUCCAAUGUUAUAUUUCUAACAGGAGCCAUCCUGAGGCCCCUGAGAAUCUCUCACACAAAGAUAGAGAGAUGCAAGGUUGAUGGCUCUCUUUUGUGUUUUGUUUCUGGUUAUCCAGUACUCGGGACAAAAAGCACAGCAGAUAAGCUUUUGGAUCCUGGCACUCACGGAACAUGCUCUGAUCCCUUUAAUCAUCAGCUCCCCACCCUUCAGCUGAUGCAAUUUGCACUGAAAAAGCAAACAACCUGCAUAUUAACCUAGGUUGGCUCUGAGGUCACAUCCAUACCAUCCAUUUAAAUAGGGCUGCCAUACAUCCAGGUUUUCCCAGAAUUCUUUGGGGGAAGCCAUUAAGAGUGACUAACCAAUGGGGCUGUUUGCCUUCUUAUUCUUGAUGUUGCAAAGAUGUUCUCUUAGCACUGUUCUUCUUAGCAUCUCAGCUGUUUCCCCUGUGUAAAACUUCUUAACUUGGCCAUUGGAUAAUGUACACUACAUUGCCAGCAUUGCAUGUAGGGAAUGAUAUUAAAUGGUACCCAUUCAUUACUUUGGGGGUCCCCGAAGCCUGUCAGAUUUAAUGUAUAAUCUUCAAUUAUCUAAAGGGUUUUCACAUGGAUAAAGCAUGUUUUCUCCUGCUCUGGAGGCUAGGACCCGAACCAAUGGGUCCAGGUUAUAAGAAAGCAGAUUCCAAUUAAACAUCAGGAAGAACUUUCUGAAAAUAGGGACAUCCCAUUCCAUAAUGAUAAUUUUACCAUUUAUACCCCACACAUCUUACAGGAUUGCCCCAGCCACUCUGGGCAACUUCCAACAUAUAUAAAAACAUUAAACAUUUUUUUAAAAAAACAAAACCCUUCAUUGCCUUCAGGCGGCUCAGGGACUGGAUAACUCCAUACCCUCUAACAUUUCUCUGAUGAAAAUAGGGACGUCCCUGGAAAAUAGGGACACUUGGAGGGUCUGAUAGUUGUUUGAUGGUUGAACUGACUCCCUUGGGAGGUGGUAGAAUCACCUUCCUUGGAGGUUUUUAUGAGGUGGGCGGAUACUCAUUCCUGCAUUGCAGGGGGUUGGACUAGAUGACCCUUGGGGUCCUUUCCAAUUCUACAAUUCUAUGAUUCUACCAUUCAGUAGGCACAAAUGGCCACAUGGAAGAUGAUGCUUUCGAGCAGUAACUCCAGGUAAAAACCUGCUGGCACAUGGAACCUGACCCCUUAAACUCGCAGUUAAUGAAAAACUCUUUCUCAUUUAUUUAUCUCAAACAAAAUCAAUGUGUUGUCCCCCCAUCCCCCAACAUCCUAAUAGUCCUUUUUAAAUGUACCAGAAUUUGUUUAUGUUCCUCUGCAAAAUGUUUAUCAUGUGACUGAAUGCCAAGCUGGAGUUACACUCUCCUAAAAGAUUAUGAUGGGCAGCAUCCAACUCAAUUUUGCUUUUGUGUGCGUUAUGGUACACACCAGUACAGUUUUUGAACCAUGACCUCUUCUUCUGCCGCCCAUAGCAGGUAUUUUGUGCUGGCAUUUGCAAUACUUUUCUCAGGAUAUUAGUACCAGCACCUCAUUUUUAAUAAAGACUGGAUCUAACCGUACAUGUCUUUGUAGCAGCCUUCUUGCUCCUGCUGCCUGUCAUCACCCUUUGAUAGCCUCUCUUGGAGUUUAGAUUACUUAAUAUUUUGGAUUCUUGGGGAAAAAUUUCCCUCCUAAAGGACAAUCCAUCACAGUUCCUAGGCAGAUGUACUGCAGCAAGGAAUUUAUGAAGGAUGGAAAAAGCAAGGGAUUAUAACAAUGCUCUUGGCUUGGGCCCCAAGACAGCUCCUCCUCCAAUGCAUCAGUCCUGUUUUCUGCAGAAAAAUCCCCAGGAAACCAGAGGUUCAGUCAGCAUCUCUAGAUAAGCCCGACUUCGGCUGGGGAGGGCGGGAUAUGAAUAAAAUUUUAUUUUUAUUAUUAUUAUAAAACUCUUGCUUGUCGCUUGACAGGAAGGAAGGCAGAGGUGAAAAGGCUUGGCAUGAAAAUCUUGCCAGUGGGAUGGACGACUGCGAUAAAAGGACCGCCUCCACCCUUUCUUUCAUUAUUGUUUCAGAUAGGUUUUUUCACCUUUCAAAGCAAGCAUUUUCUCAAAUGUGAUCAAGAGACUAAUAACACAGGCAAAGGAACCUCCCCCCCCCCAAGAACCACAUUCCCACCUGGGUAAUUUCUGGGGGGCCACUUGCUGGACUGGGGAGGGCCAGCGGCAGGUUUACAGCAUAUUAAAUAAUAAAACAUUAAAGGUAAAGGGUAAAGGGAACCCUGACUGUUAGGUCCAGUCGUGGCCGACUCUGGGGUUGUGGCACUCAUCUCGCUUUAUUGGCCGAGGGAGCCGGCGUACAGCUUCCAGGUCAUGUGGCCGCAUGAGUAAGCCGCUUCUGGCGAACCAGAGCAGUGCACGGAAACGCCGUUUUCCUUCCCGCCGGAGCGGUACCUAUUUAUCUACUUGCACUUUGACGUGCUUUUGAACUGCUAGGUUGGCAGGAGCUGGAACCGAGCAACAGGAGCUCACCCCGUUGCGGGGAUUUGAACCGCCGACCUUCUGAUCGGCAAGGCCUAGGCUCUGUGGUUUAACCCACAGCACCACCCGCAUCCCAAUAAAACAUUAGCCAAUAAUUUAUCCCAAUAAAACAUUAGCCAACAAUUUAUACCAAUAAAACAUUAGCCAGGUGAUAUUCCUCUGGCCUCAUGAGCUGCCUCUUUUAUAGGGCUGGGUGAGUGUGGGCCUCGCCCCCUAGGCCAGGUGGAAAGCGCCUUGCAGGGAGCGGUUUUCAUGACCCACAGCCACGUGAUGUUCCUCCAGCCUAAUGAGGAGCCUCUUUUAUAGGGCUGGGUGAGUGUGGGCCUCGCCCCCUAGGCCAGGUGGAAAGCUCCUUGCAGGGAGCGGUUUUCACGACCCACAGCCGGGCAAUGUUCCACCAGCCUCAUGAGGAGCCUCUUUUUCUACACUAGGGAGGCUAGUUUCUUCACCCUCACUCCCACACCCCUCUCUAUCCUCCAUCCAGGAAAGCAAGGGGCCUAGGUGCAAGGAUGCAUUCCUGCCAGGCAAAAGCACUCAAGGAAAAGUGCAGAGCAAAGUCACCUGGGGAGAGUCUUAGGGCCAGACAGAGAGCUCUUCAAAAUGUGGCUAAUCUGACCUGCUAUGUUUGCUCAUUCAUUCUUCUGAGAGAGACACUAUUCUUCUGCCUUCGAGUCCUGUCCUGUUGGCGCCGUUUCCUCUAUCACAUUCCCUCCACUGCCCCCGGUUAAGUACAUUAUGGAAUGUCCUCUCCAGAAAAGCUCAUUUGGCACCCAAAUAAAUUAUUCCGCUACCAAGUGUAUAAUUAUCUCCCGCUUCUGGGGGCUCACAACAUCAUAUGCUUGCCAUUAGCUACCUGCAUAGUUUGCUGGUUCUUAGACUGGUGUGUGUUGAUUUAUGUGGGCUUUAUCUGACAUUGCACUGCAAUUUGGGGAAAAAAUUCACUAGAGAUUUUAAAAAGCAAGUUCAAGUUAAUUGUAAACACAGCUUGAAGUGAACCAUGAAAUCAGAAAAAACAGCCUUCAAAUGCCUGCUGAAAUAAAAAAAUAGGUAUUCAUCAAGCACCUGAAUUUCCAUGUCAACUGGGAUGGGAGUUAUAGUUGCUUGUCAGCUGCCUUGAAGGCUGUGUGAUGGUAAAAUGUUUUAAAAUAAGCUAGAAUGACUAUUUGCCAUGGUGGCUGGAGCAUGUUCAGAGGAGAGUGACCAGGAUGGUGAAGGGUCUGUAGUUUUUGAAGGGUGCUGGGAAUUGUAGCACUGUAGUGGGGGGGGGCUACAAUUCUCAUAACUCUUUUUUUUUUUUUUAAGGUGGUCCUGUACUUUAAAAGUAUGGUGUUUGCACAGUUCACAUCCUGUGAUGAAUAUUUUUGGAAGAGCUAAGUUUCGGUUAGAAAAGGAGAAAAUAAGGAUUAAGAAAGAUACGAUAGCUGCCUUCGAAUAUUUGCUGGUGAGACCAGAAUCAAUGAAUGGAAAUGGAAGAUUUCACCAAUACAUUAUGAAUUUUUUUUAGAGAUAUUUGAUAGUGGUGAAGGCUGCUUCGAGAGGUGUCCAGCUCUCUUUUGCUGUCUCCGUCUGUCAGGGUGAAACCUGCCUUGAGCUUAGAGGUCAGAAUGGAUGACAUCUGAGGAAACUUUCUAAUACCAAGUCAUUUUCUAAUAAUAUAAUUUUAUAUGUAUGUUUUUAUCUAUUUGGGGGAGGGGCAAGGAUUGUAACUUUUUUAUUUUAUACUUUUUUUGGGGGGGUAAAAAUAAAAUAAACAAGCAUGAGAAGAAAUAUGCAUGGAGUACAUAAACACAGCAUGUUUGUUGGCUGCUUGUUUCGAAUCCCACAGAACUUUUGCUCCCCCACCCCAAUCCCGGCUAGCUGUCACCACCUACAGAGUCUUUGGUCCAUGUUGUGCUCUGGAUGGUCUGAAUGGGUCCCUUCCUGGUCUUGUUGUGGUCUCCACCAAUGUGAGUCACCCCCUCCCACUCCCAAAGUGUGGGAAAUGUGCGACAUUCAGAUUCUUGGGGGAAGGUUACACAUGGACAUGUUGAAGUUGAAAUCUGUAGGGAUACAGGAAUUCUUCUGAUACAGGACGGCGACAAAAAAGUCCUGGUGGAAAACUGGAAAGGGAUCACAAAGCCUCCUCUUCCCUUCGUAGCUAAAGAGGAAAGCUUUAAUCCAUUUUAACACAAAACUAGAUAACAGGAGCAUUUCAUUUGCCUGGACUUUCUAAAUGUGCUGUAGGGGGAAUCUCAGUGGCAAAAUAUCUGCUUUGCUCUCAGAAGAUUUCCAAUUCAACCCCCUCCAUCUCCAGGUAGGCUUGGGAAGGUUCCCUGUCUGAAACCUUGGAGAGCUGCUGCCAGUCAGUGUAGACAGUACUAAGCUAGGUGGACCCAAUCGUCUGAUUCAGUAUAAGGCAACCUCCCUCUGUUAAUAUCAGGGAUAUGCUGCUUUUGAUAGUUACUAGCCAUGUUGGCUCUAUAUACACUGAGGGUGCUGUGGCCCUCCAGACCCUUUUCCCUGGCCCUUGGAAACUCUCCCCACCCCAUUGCUCCACCACACCCUCUUUGAGUGCUUUUGCCUGGCUGGAAUGGGUCCUUGAACUGUGAUAACGUCUCUUGCUUCCCCGGAGGGAGGACAGACAGAUGUGGGGUGUUUGUGUAGAAAUCCCUGACUUCUGUGUGGCAGGAAUAUAGCCCACUGUACAAAAAAAAAGGUAAUGUUCUGCUCUGUCCACUUUGGCCCACUUAGCUAGCUAUUGGCACAUGGCCCCUGUGGAGGUUGGCAAUGAGGGAAUGCAGCCCUCAGAUGGAAAAAUGCUCCCUGCAUCUGAUAUAUAUGAUGUCUCUGAAUACCAGUUGCUAUGGAUCGCAAGCCUCUGGGGGAAACAGGAUGCCGAACUGGUCGGGCAUUUGGUCUGAUCCAGCAGGGAUCUUCUGAUGUUCUUAAUCUCUUGAUCAGCUAAGAUCUGUCCAAUGAACUGGGCAACAAUUUCCCUUUUUAAAACAAUAAAAAAGACAAGUGUUUAUAAAAGGAUAUUUCAGAGCUAGAAAAGUUUCAGAAAAGGGCUGUGAUGUGAUCAAAUGGCUGGAGCAACUCUCUGAGGCGAGGUCAUCGAGUUUGGUGCUUUUUAGUUCAGAAGAAAAGAUGAGCAAUGGGUGGGGAUGUCAUAGAGGUUUGCAGAAUUGUUCAUGGUGUGAAGAAAGAGAGAGGCUUUUCUUUCUCUGGGCUUGUUCACAUUUCCACUCGUGCCAUAUUUUAUUCUGCAGAAAACCCGACUGACAUUUGUUACCACUCAGCAGCAAACAGCGGGUUUCUCCAUGGAAGGUGGCAGAGCAAACAAAAAGCCUGAGACAAGCGGAAGUGUGGAUGAGCGUUCUCUCUCAUAAUGCUAGGCCUCAGGAGCAUCUAAAGCAGGGGUCAGUCCACUGUCCCUCAGAUCUUGUGGGGGGCCGGAUUAUAUUUUGAAGGGGGGGGGAGAGAAUGAAUUCCUUUGCCCCACAAAUAACCCAGAGAUGCAUUUAAAAUAAAAGGACACAUUCUACUCAUGUAAAAACACGAUGAUUCCCGGACCGUCCGCAGAGCGGAUUUAGAAGGCGAUUGGGCCAGAUCUGGCCCCCAGGCCUUAGUUUGCCUACUCAUGAUCUAAAAGGUUCAGGAUAGACAAAAGAAAUGUCACACAGUGCAUAAAUUAUUUAAAUAAGCCAAUUUAAGUGGCUUUGAAAGAGGAUUAGACAAAAUCAAGGAGGAGAAGUCUUUCAGCGGCUACUGGCACAAUGGGCUGUACUCCACUCCCUCUGUAGGAGACAGUAGGCCUUGGAAUUUCAGUUUCCAGGAAUCACAGGUGGGGAGAGGAAUGUUGCAUUCAGGUCCUCUGUGGGCUUCUCAUAGGCAGAGGAAUGUCAGAGAUGGUACCUCUUGCUUUUUACGGCCUUUCAUCCCUGAUCCUAAUCCUAAUUACUGAAAGAAACAACAAUAUGCUAGGGUAAUUGAAAUCCUGUACAGUGGUACCUCAAGUUACAUACGCUUCAGGUUACAUAUGCUUUGGCUUACAGACUCCGCUAACCCAGAAAUAGUACCUCAGAUUAAGAACUUUGCUUCAGGAUGAGAACAGAAAUCGUGCUCCGGUGGCGCGGCGGCAGCAGGAGACCUCAUUAGCUAAAGUGGUGCAUCAGGUUAAGAACAGUUUCAGGUUAAGAACUGACCUCCGGAAUGAAUUAAGUACGGUACUUAACCUGAGGUACCACUGUAAAGGUAAAGGUAAAGGGACCCCUGACCAUUAGGUCCAGUCAUGACCGACUCUGGGGUUGCAGCGCUCAUCUCGCUUUAUUGGCCGAGGUAGCCGGCGUACAGCUUCCGGGUCAUGUGGCCAGCAGGACUAAGCCGCUUCUGGCGAACCAGAGCAGCACACGGAAACACUGUAGUGGCAUAAUAAAACCUUUAAUGUGGGUUGAGGCCUAGACCAUGAGAGUCAAAUGUGCGGUUUCAUGCAACCAAUGAAGUAGAUUCUAAUUCACAAAGCUCUUGUUCCUCAGUCAUGCUGAACUUUAUAAAAUAAUUGUAGAAGGCAAUGUUUUACGGUUUUUUAUUGUUUAUAUUUUGAACACCAAAAUCUUUUAAGGGCCUCUAAAGGUCUUGAUCUGCCCAUGAUUACAAGGCGCCAAGCCCACCUGAUGCCAAUAGGCUUUCCAAGGUGCAGGUGCUGCCACAAUAAAAGAUUAACUAAAAGACAUCCAUGAUAGGAGGCACUUCAUUUUGUCCUGUGAUUCUUCUCAGUUGGACAGAGGUUCUCUGCAGUGUCCCAGGCUUCUUCCUAGGAAGAGGUCUGCCUGUGAGCUGGAUCAGGCAAGACCCGGACAUGCAAGACAGGCUGAUUCAUGCUUAAAAAGUAGUGCCGAGUUAUCUAUGUCAUUAGAACUACACCCAAAGGAAGAAGCAUUCAACUUUCCUCCACCCACAUUCAACAUCUGUUGUUGAUAUGGUGCAGAGUGAAGGAGCCGUAGCUCACUGGUAGAGCAUCAGCUUCACAUGCAGAAGGUCACAGGUUUAAUCCCCGGCAGCUCCAGGUAAGGUUCGGACUGCCCCUGUCUGAAACCCUGGAGAGCUGCUUCCAGUCAGUAUGCACUAGACUAGAUGGACCACCAGUGGUCUGAUUCAGCAUAAGGUAGUUUUCUAUGUUCCAUACACUCUCAUGUGUAUCUUUGCCUUCCUGCUCGCAGUUUUGCCUUAUAUACACAUUUUUGCAAAGCAAUUUCCCUCAAGAUCAGGCAUAAGCAAACUCAGCCCUCCAGUUGUUUUGGGACUACAACUCCCAUCAUCCCUAGCUAACAGGACCAGUGGUCAGAGAUGAUGGGAAUUGUAGUCUCAAAACAUCUGGAGGGCCGAGUUUGCCUAUGCCUGCCCAAGAUAGUGCAAUUUUUAAAAAUGAUAUUUAUGUGAAUAUAUACAUUCGUCGUGUGUGUGUGUGUAUAUAUGUAUGUAUAUCUAUCUAUCUAUCUAUCUAUCAUCUAUCUAUCUAUCUAUCUAUCUAUCUAUAGAUAUAGAUAUACACACACACAUACAUUCGUAUGCACACUUUACCAAAAGCUGUGGAGAAGUGCACUUCAAAAUUCAGAGGAAGUGUGCCUUUUGAAGGAGUUUCCAUUCCCAUCUUAUUUUGGAAAGUACAAAUUAGGUAAGUUCAGCUUUUAUGGAAGUAGAAUUAAAUCUCUCCCUUCUCCCAAGUCCCAACCAGGCUGAUGGAGUGGGCCUUGUUGUCCCAGCUCUCCCCCUGCUGCCACCCGGUAGAAUGGCAGCUGACGGAGGCAGAUCUGGGACAGGAGGAACCAAAAGGCAACAGCCAUAGAAGCAGCAAGGGUAACCACAUUGUUCUAUGAUCAAGGCCGGCCCUACCAUUAGGCAAAGCAAGAUGUCAGGUGGGGCUGGGGGAUAGUGGUGGCAAAUGGUUGGAUUAAGAGAACUGUGGAUGCCCCAUAGAGCCUGUCCUGCAACUGGUGCCCAUUGGGACUGGUAGGGUGGCAGACAGGGAGCCCAACAAUAGGUGGAGCCAGAGCCAAUGACAAGUGGAACUGACUCCGGUUUUGUCCCCAUCUUCCUCCCUGCUGGGCAAUACUGAGACUAAGGGGGAGGAAGCCAAAAGCCAGUGACACACUCUGGGCUGGUUGUGAGUGGGGGACACACUGCCCCCACUUGCCCUGAAGAUCCAGCCUUCCUUGCCUGCACCCUCCAAGCUAGCCUGCUGACUUCUGAUACAAUCAAGGAUGCUGUCCCAUUGCCAGUGUUGAAAUAAGAUUCCCCUCACAUGCCACGAGGGAUGCCACCAUAGGAACGUAAGAAGCAGCCUCAUACUGACCAGAUUGUUGGUCCAUCCAGCUCAAUAUUGCCUACACUGAGUGGCAGUGGCUCUCCACCAUUUCAGACGGGAGUCUCUUUCCCAGCCCUACCUGGAGAUGCAGCCAGGGAUUUAAUCUGGGAUCUUCUGCAUGCAAAGUGGAUGCUCUACCACUGAGCUUACGGGCCCUUCCCAUCUCAUCAUCCUUCGCUGCUUCAGCUGGCAAAACGUCUCGGGCUGGCCAUGAACAGUCACACAGCCAUCUCCCCACUAGGGACUGGCAUUUCCGUGGCUAGUGGCUGCCCCUCAUAUAUGCAUGGAUCAUUUAUCACAGCUCAGGGCAGUAUCCCACUCUGCCCACUCGCCUGUGCCUGCCAAGCAGAUCACAAGCACCGUCAGAUCUGACAGUCCGAAUUCGCCAUCAUGGGGGUAGAAGGACUGGAUCCUGACUGAAACUGAGACUGGGCAACGCCUGUCAAACAAAGAGUUCCCAUCAAUCCUCUAGGCUUACAUUUGCCUCAUGGGCUGGUGUGAGGAAAGCCAGUUUAAGUCCUGCAUGGAUCAAGGCAGCCCAGAACUGAAACACACACGCCUUGGAAUAGGACAUGUCAGCAGCAGCACCUUCGCUGUCAUUGACCGUUGACAGGGAGGAGGGAGUCGGAGGCUCAAGAAGAUGACUCAGUUCUGGUAUCCAAGUUGUGUUUCUAAAAAAACUCGUUGCCAGCCCUUUGCCCUGUCCCAGAGAGCUGACAGAAUUGUCUGAGGAUCCUAGGAAAAUGCCUUAUUGUGGGCCAGACCGUUUGUUCAGCUUGCCCAGUACUGGCAGCUCUGACUGGCAGCAGCUCUCCAGGGUUUCAGGUGGAGAGCGGGACUGUCCCAUUGCUUGCUACUUUAUGUUUUUAACUGGAAAUGCCGGGAAUUGAACAUGGGAACAUUUGCAUGCUAAGCGAAUGCUUGACAACUGAGCUAAGGUUCCUACCCCCACUGAGCCUGUUGAUAUACUUCUGACCACAAGAGAAAUAUUUCUAACAGACUUUCAGAUGCUGGCCCAUUGACCAACUCCUGUUAACUGAACAGGAAAUUAGAUUGUUCCAAAACAAAAGUGGAAUUUUUGGUUGCCUCCCUUCGUAUACAAAGGUGGAGCAUGAGCGUGAAGCUUGGAGCAACAUUAUUGUAACAUUGAACUGUGGCUUGGUGCUACGUCUGAAAUAGGAUUGGGAAUGUAAUGACUACGUAUUCAGCAGAGAGAAGGGCACCUGGAUUCCUUGCAAAAAUAGAAAAUACUGCAUUCAGAUAAUCUGAUUUAAGGGCCACAUUACUCCAUUGGAAAGCUGUUGGGGGCCGCAUUCCAGUAGGGGGCUGGAGGUUAACACAAGUGCAAGCUCUAAAGUAGCCAAGUAAUGUGGACAAAAAUGCAUGUGUACUGUAAAAUAUGCAUAUGUUUGAAUCAGAGGAAUACCAGUCCCUGACCCCCCAUUCUGCAUGCCCUUUGACAGAAUUACCUGUGCAUUCUGCUGUGGCCUUUGUAUCUACAUGGAAAGGUAGUGGCAUUUAUCUCUGCAUGUCCCCCUUAACAAAGAAGUGACCACAAUCCUUAUCUCAAGGCUCACCUCUCCCAGCUGUAAAACAAAAUGUUUUAUGGUCUGGGCAGACUGUCCUUUUGCUUAUCAAGAGAGAUGGAGAUAAGUCUGGAGAAGGAUCCAGUGACAUCCCUGGCAAUAAACUGCAAUUGAAAAGGAAGUGGGAGGUUGGGGGGAAAUUACUGUAUAUCCAAUGGAUCAUUUCAGAGGAACAAAGUUUGUGGAUGUGAAGUCGAGAUAAGAAACAGAGAGGUGUUCUUGGCAAAUUGCUUCUAUGCACGUAGGCCUUUAAGCGUCUCCCACACUCCAGGCGAGCCCUUGAAAGGCAGCUGAUUUGGGUCAGGCUCUGGGCUUAAUGACCUCAGGUGGCCAGUUCCACAACUCUUCAGCCAGCAAAUACAGCUGUGGGGUGCUGAAUGUAGAUAAAGUAAAUAAAAUUUAUGUCAAAAUCUUUGUUCUGAUAUUAUGCUUCCCUUGUGUUUUCAGGGGUGCGGGACCUGUGGCCCUUCAGAUAUUGCUGGAGUCCCAACUCCCAUCUGCCCCAGCCAACUUGGCUGAUGGUCAGAGCUGAUGGGAACGGGAGUCCUAGAGGGUCUCCACCCAGGUUCACAUAACGAAGAUCCAUGUUUGUUUUUUUUCUUGCCAGUGUGAGGAGCUGGGAAAAUGAAACAAAGAAGUAAACACUGAUAAACAAAAUGUAAAUAGAGAAUAAUGCAUUAGUGCAACUAAAAAUCACACAGAAUCCUGCAGUAGGGCUGCAACUGCAAUCCUAUACAAAUUCCCUGGGAAUAAGUAUCACUGAACUCAAUGGGUCUUACUUCUGAGAACAGACAUUAGAGUGACCACCUAGGCAUCAUUUUAAAAAGGAGACAUAUGUUUGCAAUUAGAAGUGAUGGUUGAGUGCUUCCAUUUGAAACAGUGCCCUCUCCUGUCCUAGUGCGAUAUGUGCAAACCCAUCCUCUUUUCUUAUUCUAGGUGGAUUUUGAUGCAAUCAAAGUGUAGCUCAUGUUUGGAAAUUUUGGAUUUCUCAAGAGCCUGGAAGAUGUGCUUUGCAACUAAGAAUUCUGGACAUUGGCAUGGUAUCAUUCCAUCUACUUCUGAUGCACAAAGGUGUGUGCUAUUAUAAUUAUUUGGUCAAAACAGCAUCAGCCACACUCAAGAAUGGGGAGGUAUUAGAGCGUAUCACAAAACUUUUUUUGGGGAAAAGCAAUCCUAAGGGGGAAUUCCCCACCUCAGUAAUAACUCAGUGAGCAUGCUCAGUUAUCACAGAAUGUUGACUAUCAGGGGGAAAUGUGCACAGAGAAAUUGCAUUCAAAAAUUGGUGCACUCAGAGAAAUUUGCAUUAAAAUGCUAAUGAAUUUUCAUAAAGGCUUUAAAAAACCUGUAAUGGAAAUGUGGAGAACUGAAAUUAGAUGUGGAAAAAUGAGAAACUGAGAGAAACCCAAAUUGACAGAUGCCUUCAUCCUUACGUAUUAAGAUUCUUACUGCAUGCCCUCCAGAUCUUGUUGGACUACAAAGCCCAUCAUCCUUAAUCAUCAGAAAUACUAGUUGGAGUUGAUAGGAAUUGAAGCCUAGCAACAUCUGCAGGGUGACAGCUUCCUCAUCCCUGGCUUAAAGCAUUGAUUAUGACAAAAGUGGACUGUAAGCCACAAAAGCAGCAACCACAAUGGAUUUCUUGGCACUUAAUAGUGCCAAAAUACUCCUGUCCAUUUCAGCAUUCUAAAGUGCUCCAGAAAUGUAGAUUGACUGGAAAAAUGUGCACAAUUCCUCCUUCGUGGAGAUAUUAUGAGCACAUUCGCCAUCACCCCUGGAGAAUGUGUGCAAUGCCUGGUGGUUAAGCGCAUUAACCGCUUGGCAUCAUGCACAUCAACUUACAUUGUCCCUAACAUAUACACACAUCUGUCCAUCUCACCUGGAAUACUGUGGCCAGUUUUGGGGCAAUGUCAUGGACUGGCUGGACACAGAGAAAUGAAGAUGGAGCCUUAGGCUGCAGGAACAGGAACUGGGAGAGGCCUUAGAGAGCAGUGGGAAGGCAGGCACAUUCGGUCCCCGCAACUGCCUCAUGGGAACAAGUCCUACUGGGAAGAGUUGCUGCGAUUGCUAAGCCUGCACUGUUUUGGUUUCUUUGAAUAAAGAGUUAACUUCACUGACACCAGUGCUUUUUACUGCUGACCUCCUGACCCUGGCUGCUGAUGGGCAGUUUAAGGAUAUUGACAAGCAGGAACAUUUCUCUAGGAAGGAGAUAAAAGAUAGUGAGAGGCCUGGAUACCAAGUCCUAUGGAGAAAGGUUGAGGGAGCUGAGCAUAUUUAUUUUGGAGAAGAGAUUAUAAAGAGGCAAUAGGACCGCUGUCUUCAAAUAUCUGGAGGGCUGCUGUGCAGACAAUGGAGAAAAUUCAUUGCUGCAGAUGGCAGUAUCUGAACCAAUCGGUCCAAACAACAAAAAGAGGGGAUUCUGGUGAAACAUUAUGAAGAAAUUCCCGAUGGUAUGAGCUGUUCAACAAACUGUGUCAGUGGGUGGUGAACUCUCCCUUGUUGGAGCUUUCUCAGCAAAGGUUGAAAGGCAGAUUUCCUGGGAUUGGAGUAAAUAACCUUUUUGGCGACUUCCAACUUUACAGUCCUAUUCUCUCUUUAUCUAUCCCCGUCUAGCUAUCUGCUCUUGGCAUUUCUCUCUUAUCUAGCUAGACAUCCAAGCAUCCAUCCAUCUCUCUCCCCAUCUCUCUCUCUCUGAAGAGACUGUUUUUGCUUCAAGAGGCUUAAUGUUUGGCAGUUAAUUAACACAAUUCCAGUGUAGGCGUCCAAGAUGAGAUUCCAGAUGGAGAAAACCACACAGAGAGAUUACAGGGAGCUUAUUAAAUGCAUUUGCUACCUAGGACCAUCCUAGCAACCUCAUGGUUGGGAGCCAUCACCCUGAACCAAUAACCAAAAUGUUUUGACGCACAGGAGUUAACGUUUAACCCACAGCUUGGGUAGUAUUCUGGAAAGCAGAAACCUGUUGUGUUCAACCCCCAUCCCCACCCCUUGGAGCCGCAAAGCAGGAGGUCACCCAACUUUCCAUCCAGCUUAGGACCGUAGGCUAUGGGAAGAAAAAGAGUGAUCAUUUAAAAGCUUGACCUGUUGUCAUUGGGAGUCACUGGAGCUAGAACCAGGUCUCAAAGAGCUCUGGGAGCAGCUGCCUGAUGUGGUGAGUGACCAUACCUUGCAAUAUUUUCUAAGGCAGCAUAAGAAUCCUCAGACUCUGGGCUGGACCUCCCAGCACCCAGGUUGCCGUUAGCCCCUCCUAGGCAGAAACAGCGGUACAGGUCUUUGUGUUUAGACUGAGAUUUUGCCAGAGCAACAACUAACUUCCUAGCUCUGACUCCUGCCUUCGACUCUUGGCUUUGCCUUGCCUGCUCCCCUCUGAUCGCUUCCUGAUUGAUUUAGCCUGACCCUCACCAUGAUUAAGCACCAGAGCUGCCUCAAUCAGACUACUCAUGUUUGGACCAGUGACCUGGUGCUUUCCUUGGCUGCUCCUCAGCUGACCAUCUCCUUAAUCUCCAUGCUCUUCAAUUCUGCCGUCAUCUUUGCCGUGGUGUACUCCAAAGAACUGCGCAAGCCCAUCUUCAUCCUUUUCUGCAACAUGGCCUUCUCUGACCUCUUCACUAGCUCUACAGGCUUCUGGAUCGCCCUGUUGUUCAUCACCAACCCUCAAAGUACCAUCAGUGGGUCCAAGGAACUCCUCACAGCAUAUGCCUUCUACACCAUGUCAAUCCUGGCCACCAUCUACAACUUAGUCCUCAUUGGGAUUGAGCGUUACCUGGCUGUGGCGGAAUGCCUGAGGAGAAGAUGGCGCCUUGACAGGAACCAGAUCCUAGGCAUGGUGCUGGGUGUCUGGGGGCUUAGCUUCUUUUUGGGCUUCCUGCCCCUGAUGGGCUGGAAUUGCUUGGAUAGAGACAAUGCCUCUGCCCUUUACAGCCCUCUGUGUAUCGACUACCUUAUUUUCAUCACUAUCCCUCACUGUGCAGUGGUUUUGGUCCUCCCUUUCUUCACCUACUGCAACAUCAUUGGGUUUUUGAGGAAACACAAGAUGGCAAUGGGUGCUUUGGGGCAAGCCCAUGCCACCUACAGGCUGGCCGAGAUCCAAGUAGCCCGGACAAGCAUCUUCAUCUGGCUGCUGUCUCUGCUGUCUUACACACCCUUCUUUGCUGGCGUUGUCCUGGAUAUAACCACUCAGCAGUGCCCCAACAAUUUCUCCAUGGAUGUCUACGUCUUCCGAAACCUUACCGCCAUCAUGAUCACCAUGAAUUCAUUGGGGAACCCCAUCAUCUACACCCUGAAAGUGAAAACUUUGUGGCACAGACUCAGGUUUUUGAAGUGCCCUUCCAGCAACCGCAUAGAAGUGCAGGCCAUUGGGAAAAUGUGACCCUGCUCGGACCAAAGUGAAUCCAGUCUUGUACGUUUUCACCCAAACAUCUUUAAAUGUCCGCAGUGAGCAAUCACUGAGAGUUCAGUCCUAUGCAUGUCUACUCAGAAGUUCAGUGGGAUGCAUUCCCCAAGGACAUGUGUUUAGGACUGCAGCGUAAAUCUCUUUAUAGGGGCUAUGGGUAGUUGGCAGUUGCAGAGAUCUGAAUUAAUGUUUCAGCUCACCAAAGCGAGCCAGCUUCAGCACUGGACAGUUCUCAAGUACAAGGGAGAGGGGGAUUUAAUUCAUCGGCUCUCUCCUAUCGACAAUAGAAUUGUGCUACCUACACUUUGGUAGCAUUCAUGAACCGGAUCGUGUUGGGUUGAAAUUAUCUACUGUGAACUAACUUCAGAGUGAGUUAUUAGACAGUAGAAUUUCGAUUUGUGGUUUAAAAGGUUCACACCACCCCCCUUUUGAUUAGAAUUAACAGCAACAUUCCAAACUUCAUGCAGUACAGAGAGUUGGGCAGGUGUAACAGGAGUCUGGGAAACACCAGCUUAAUGUAAUUAUAUAUACAUAUAUAUUUGGAUUGACUAAAAUUUUGUUGUUGAUUGAAAAAAACAUAUUAAGAUAGGAUGAAAAAUAAAUGCUACAUCAAAUUGUAUGUGACGCAUGGUGACUUUGGAUAAUGUGCUUUCUUAUGGAACAAUCUGGGGCAGCCUUUGGCAACCUGGUAGCCUCCAGAUAUUUUGGACUACAACUCCCAUUGGCCUCAAUCAGCAGGGCUGAUGGAAGUUUUAAGUCCAAAACAUCUGGAAGAUACCAGGUUGGCAAAGGCUUCAGCAUGAAUAAAAUUCAGCUGAGAAACCUCAACCAAUAUAUGUAGCAGAACUGGAAAAUCUCAUGCAGCAAUUCAUCUACUAAAAAGCAGACCCCAUUGGGUUCAAUGGGAUUUACUCUCAAGCAGAGCAGCUUUAGAAGGAUUUUGUGUGUGUAUAAACCCAAUGUAACAUCAGAGCCAACUGGGAAGGCUUUGCAGUGUUUGCUUUGGCAUGACAUUAAUAAAAUGCAAUCCUUCCUUUUAGUAUCGUUAACCUUUCUCUGAGCAAAGCCAAGCUCACCACAUUUAAUUUAAUUCACUGGUACAUCAAUGCACAGGAGAUAGUGAUGUUUCACAAUGUUUACAG